AUGAGCUCUUAUUUUGUCAAUUCACUCUUCUCCAAAUACAAAACAGGGGAGUCUUUGCGCCCCAAUUACUAUGAUUGUGGGUUUGCUCAGGACCUAGGAGGCAGACCCACUGUGGUGUAUGGACCUAGUGCUGGUGGAACCUUUCAACACCCUUCUCAAAUUCAGGAGUUUUACCAUGGAACGUCCUCCCUCUCCUCUCCUCCUUACCAGCAGAAUCCUUGCGCUGUGACCUGCCAUGGGGACCCAGCAAGCUUCUAUGGAUAUGAACCUUUGCAAAGACAGAGCCUCUUCAGCACCCAAGAGUCUGACAUAGUACAAUACACUGACUGCAAGCUAGCCUCUUCUGGCCUCGGGGAGGAAGCUGAAAGCUCUGAGCAGAGUCCUUCUCCAAGUCAGCUCUUCCCAUGGAUGAGACCACAAGGUGAGGCAAAGUGAGAAUGGAAUCCGAUAAAACUGACCCUGGCCACUUUCACUGCUUAAUGAUGGCUCUUAACUUGUGCACUUGUGAAUUGCUUUAUAGUUUAAUUGCCUGGAUGAAGGUUUACACCUUCCUUUUUCCCCGUUAACUGCUGAUGCUUCCCCAGGCAUUAUACACCCUAAUUUCCCCCUACCAGCCCCUCUUGUUUUUUUGUAACCAGGGAUUUGAUUGUUUUAUGGCUUUGGUAGGGGGAUAUCUUAUUUUAUUUAUUUUACUUAACCCUUUCUACGUUUUAUGUGUGUCCACUAAACCCCUCUUUUGCCCCCCACUCCUUCACCAUUAUUUUUUUGUUUGUUUGUUUGUUUGUUUUAUUGUCUAUCUUUUCAUCCAAUUUAUUCUUCACCUCCUUUUAUGUUUUGUGAUCUCCAGCAGCUGCUGGUCGCAGGAGAGGGAGGCAGACCUACAGCCGAUACCAGACCUUAGAAUUGGAGAAAGAAUUUCUCUUCAACCCAUAUCUGACCCGCAAGAGGCGCAUCGAGGUGUCUCACGCCCUGGGACUCACUGAGAGACAAGUCAAAAUCUGGUUCCAGAACAGGAGGAUGAAAUGGAAAAAGGAGAACAACAAGGACAAGUUUCCUAGCAGCAAAUGCGAGCAGGAGGAAUUAGAGAAACAGAAAAUGGAGAGAGCACAGGACACAGAGGAAGGCUUAGAUGGACAAAAGGGAGAAAAAAGUAAUUAAUCUGGACUUGUGAGUCAACACAGAAUGUCUCUCUGAUUUUCCCAGCUUCCAUGAAACGUUCUAGGAGAAGGACACAGUGUGGCUACCCUAGAUCUGGCUGUACCCUUUCUCUGUAUCCCAUCUUAUUUGAUACAUAAAUUACCAGAAGCCCCCCCAUAAGACCAGUAAAGGCUGCUGUUGUCUUUUUCCUUUCCCAGUGGUGGGGUGGAUCAGGCUGGCUGGCUGGGGGGGGGGAUGACUUUUUAGUGUUUGUGUCUAAUGCAAUAGCUUUUUGUGGAAUCAUACCUAUGAUCGGGGCAAUUGUUUGGUUGGGGGGUGGGGGGGUAAAACGUUUGCUAUAGAAGUUUUGUGUGCACUAUUCUGUUUGUGGUCUACUGUAUUUCUUUAUAUAUAUAAAAAAAAAAAAGGAGAAAAAAAAAGAAGCCAACAACAUGAAACUGCCUAAUUGAGAUGUAGUUCCCUCUCUAACACAGUGCUAGAUCACCCCCUCCCCACCCACCACCACCACCUUUGUGUUUCCCCAUCAGAAACCCCAUUCCCCUGUGUCUUUGCCAAGAUUUGUUUUAGCAUGCUCGCAGUUGUGAUAUUAGGGUUUUACUGUGAAACAGACUGUGUAUUGUAUACGUGAAUACCUUUGUUUUGUUUGUUGUUUUUGAUUGUUUUUGUUUUGUUUUUUUUCUUUUAAUGAGGGAUAGGGAGGGGUUAAUUCUUCUAUUUUAUUGUUCUACACACUAUGUUCUAUUGUCUAAACAUGGAAGCGUUGGAGGAUGAGUUACAAUAAAGUUUACAAGAGGGAGUCCGUGACAUCAUGACUAUUUGGCUUCCUCUGUUGUGGCUGGGGGUAGAAGGAAAAUGAAAAAGAUAUUUGUGUCAGUUUUCAGGCUUUCGCUGGUUGAGAAAAAAAAAGCCACAGACACAGUAGAAGGCGUGUUAUGGUGGGGGGAGAGAUCCUGGCAAAGGAAAUGAAAGCAAAAAAAAAAAAAAAGGUGGGGAGUAUUUCUCUUUAAAAAAAAGGAACAAAAAAUAAAAAAAACAUGUCUUAUUCUCAAAGGAUCAUCUGGGAGCUCUCUGUGUUGUGGACUCUUUGCAAGUCACCCAGGUAACCACUUUUUCAAACUAUUCUGACAUAGAUGUAGCUAAUGUGCGUUUAGAUAGAUAUGCUGUGUAUAUUGUAGUUUUUAUGUGGCAUAGAUGGUAUAGCUUUUCAAAUAUGCUUGAAAUUGGUUUGCAGACCUCUGUUCUAGCUGAAAAUCCUCCUGGGAUCUCAGGGGUUAAACUCAAUAUAGUACAUGGCAUAAAGUGAAUAUGGGUUAUGGAAUAUGUCAGUCCCCUUAGGGGGUGGGUGUUAGAUUUAGGGUUUAAUCGUGAGCCAUGUAUUGUUGCUAACACAAUUUGAGCCCAGUCCUAGCAGUAUUUAUAGAUCUCUGCCAGUUGCAGUUUGAGAGCAAUUUCAGAGCUUAGUAAGAACAUGCAAUCACAGCUAAAAGGUACAAUUCUUUCCUGACUGCAUGUUUUUGGACUCUCUGUGGUUAUUAACCGACCAGAGUCUGAAAGUAUCCAUUAAUAACUAUGGCACACAUAGUGAAAUCUCUUUGAACGCAGACAGAAACGUUAGAGCAAAUCAAUACACAAAUAAAUAGGUUUCAGUUUUUCUUUUUUUUUUUUCUUUCAGUCUGAGAAGUGGCCACUAACUCGCUUUUUUUUCUAUUUUCUAUUUGCAAACCUUUUUUUUUUCCUCGUCUGAAACAGAUUAAAGCUCACUUAUCGACUACACUGUAGUUUCACCUUUAUAACAUAGAUCUUAGAAGGUUAGAUCACAUCAAAUAUUUAUCAUAUUUUAUAAAUCCAGCUGUAGAGAUUUUUUUUCCACAUUACAGGAGCUGUGGGAAGCUGGGUUUGCAUUGGGUGGAGGAAAAUCACGUGCUGCACAGUCACAUGGUCAGGGAGGAAAAAGGGGGUCCUUUUUGGUGUAAAUCUGGACUCUAAUUCUGUAAUAUAUCACGGUACCUCGUAAAACCGACACUAAAACGUCCCGGCCUACAAAUCAUCCGGCCGAAUUAUGAGUUCAUUGUAUUAUGCGAAUGCUUUAUUCUCUAAAUAUCAAACUGCAAGUUCUGUUUUCCCAUCCGGGGUUUUCCCAGAGCAAACUUCAUGCGCCUUUGCAUCCAACACUCAGCGCUCUGGCUAUGGGUCCAGCUCCAGCUCUUCCUUCCCAGGGUCAAUGCCUGGGAUGUACAGCAAUGGGACCCCCCUGCACCCCCAGAGCCCAGCCAUAUAUCCCUCCAGCUAUGGGCUGGACCCUGCCUCCUUCAACAUGCACUGCUCUCCCUUUGAUCAAAACCUCUCCCUAAUGUGCCCCAGUGACUCUUCCAAGCAGACCUGCACCAAGGCUGAGCAGAGGGACCUGGAUCUGCAGAAUGAGAGCAACUACAGAAUUUACCCCUGGAUGAGGAGCACAGGUAAGAAGGAAAGUGUGGUGGGUAGAAGAGGGUAGCUAGGGGAUUAAAAUAAAGUACUAUCUGACCCAUGGGGAUAAUCCAGCCAGCGUUCUAUCACUUCACAGGGAAGAGAUGUGAGCUUGUUUUAGUUAGAACGUUAGAAUGUUACAAUUUUAGAAUAUGAAAUGUUGCACUGUGGGGAUGGGACUGGAGCUUGUUAUAGCAAGACUUGCUUACAUUAUGGCUUGGGAAAGUAUGGAUUAUCCAGAAGCCCUGGGAUCGUGUGAGGGUAUAAUGCUUCUCUCCAUGACUGGAAUUGGAGUUUACAAGCAAACACGAUGGCAACCAUAAACCUACAGCUAAACAGCUAUGCAAAUAGGAGAGAUGGAUGAUACAUAGCUCCUGUGAGGUGGGAGAGCGCUGUAUUUACUGGGAUAUGUCACUUCGGUAAAUGUGCAAUAAGCGACUGACAGGGAGAAUUACAUUAAUACAAUACACUGACUGUAUAUUACCGUCGGGGAGCUGCGAGCUGGGAGAUCCGGGAGCUCUGAGCUGCGACAGUAACAGUCAUAUCCUCUAUAUAUCGCUAAUGUAACCCUGCAUUUAAUCACACACGCUUCCCAUCGCUAGAUCGCCUCUUAUGUGUCUCUGUGUUACCAUUUCUCUCUUUCUCUCGAUAUAUCUGUCAAUAUGUCUAUAGCUAUCUAUCUUUUUCUCUGAUAAUCAGUACUAAUCUGACAAUAGACUGAGCUUUGUAUGGUAAAGGCAUUUUGUCACUUGUCUAUUUUCUGGCAUAAUUUAUCUAUAGAUUGUAUAAAUAUUUAUCUAUCUAUCUAUCUAUCUAUCUCUAUCAAUCUAUCUAUAUAUCUAUCUAUCUAUAUAUAUAUGUCUAUCUCUCUCUCUCUCUAUCUAGCUAUCUAUCUAUCUAUCUUCUAUUUCUCUAUUUCUCUGUCUAUCUGUCUAUCUAUCUAUCUAUCUAUAUGUUCUAGUCCAUCCAUCCAUUCAUAUAUUUUAUUAAAUAUCCCCCUCUAUUUAGAUGCGUAGCUAUAAAACGUUUAUUUUAGUCAUGGAUAUAAUAAAAGACGUCACACAUAGCAAACUUUUGUUAAAGCUCACAUUGAUAUUUGUUUUGCCAUUUAUAAUGAACUCCGUUGCACUCGGGCUCAGCACAUUGCAUUUUAAUCUCACCCUAGAAAGCUGAUGCUUUUCUCGUUUUUUUUUCUCAUCAUUUCUUUUAUUGCUUUUAUCGUUUCAUCUUCAGAUGUACUUUACUCGGAGUACUUUGAAAGAUGAAAUUAAAUGGCUGUUGCUAAAUUUAGAGACUUAAUGGCUGUUAGAUGCGAGUCUGCAAAUUGUAUCAACCUGUAAUGUUUAUUUAUAAAGCUUCUGGAGGCUCGGUCUGGACACGCUAUGUGUGUGAAUCUUUGUUUAUAUUGAAUCCCUUCUGAUCAAUGCCUGUGUACAUUUCUACAUGUUAGGCUAUAUAUACCCAGGACAUACUUGAAAACGAGAGAAAUCUCAGUGUAUCCAUCCUGGUAAAAUAUUUUAUAAAUAAAUCAUAAAGAUAUAUAUUUACACAUACACACAUAGCAAGGAGCCAGGCAAUCAAGGUUGAAAAUAUGAUGUCCCAGAGUCUUCUACAGCCAAUACAUUGAACAUUAAUAAGCAGUACCUGUAUAUAUAAAAUAUAUUAGAAUCAUUUCUGGCUAGGCCUUGGGAGAUACAGCAUUUUGCCCAUUAUAUUGGGUUCUUAAAGACUGUAUUGAGUCUACAAUGUAGAGAUCUUCUCCUCUGAGAAACUGGCUCCUAGAUAUCGCUGGACUAAUGUCAGUUGAUUCAUAUAAUUUUCCUUUCAUUGAGUUAUGAGCGUUUCACUAACACCCAGUAAAGAUAAAUACACGUUGCAUUAAAUAAACUCUACAUACACGAGAAAUAAUGACUUUACACCCACAACAUAGACUUGCGGUUUCCUUCUGACCAUCAAAACAUUCCGAAUAGAACAUUUCUAGUAACUGUUGUCACAUUCGAACCCCACAGCAUUAGUUAUAUGGUUACUAAGUGCCCCCCAAGAACACUAGAGCUCUAUGUCUGGUAAUAUAUUGCUUAACAAAACCCAUAGAAGUGAAUAUAUGGCUACUUAUUGCUCCUCAGAACAUCCCAAGAACAUAAUAUCGUGUAACCGAUUGCCACUAAAGACCACUAUUUCUCCAUAUUGUGGUUUAUCCUCUAAACAGCGACCUGCUCUAAAUUGCAAAACUGGAUUUGCAAAAUGUAUGUUAAAACAGUGAAGUUCUAGAAAUAUCUCCAUGAGAACGGAUUUGGAGUUAUUUUUCUAACUGAUCUUUGUGCAUUUCGCAUGUUGAUUUUGUGGCAGCCAGAACUGGCUGUCAAAUGGAUAAGUCUAUUUAUAAUGAGAGAGAGUCUUAUACUAAACCCCCCAGUAUAAAAUGUGAUCAUGUAUAUGGAAAAAAAAAAAAGUUUUAUGAGUGGAACUUUCAUUUUUCCAGAUUCUCUUGAGAAAUUCAUGUCUUUGGUAAUUAUCCACGGCCUACACAAAAUUACGUUCAAAUUACCACUGAUCCCCUAAAUCUAAGCUCCUUAUUACUCAUUCUUCCCUUGCUUCUGACAGGGCUACAUAUUACUAACCAGUUUCUCACCAAUUAUAAACCCAAAACUACCUAUUAGAGCUGUAAGAACCCAAUUUCGCCCCAACUAUAACAGUGGUUGCUGUCUGAAAGUACGUAAAACCUCAGUGAUCUACAUUACCAUUACCAUGAAAUAUAGACAUACCUUGGAAUGAUCCCAGAUCUCGAAUCACCAGUUUUUCCACCUCAACGUUCCAUGUAGAACCUUGGUCAAUACCUACAGACCUAGAAUAUUGCUGACCCACAACUAGCACAAAGGACUUCAAUAGGAAAGGCUAUUGCCCACCCCAUCACCCCCACCACAACACUCCCUGUACAAAUAUGGAGAGAGGUAUUACCAAGAGUUCUUUAAAGCUGGUAAUAAUGGUUACACCAUACCCAGAACAAGUCUGCUAAAAUUCAACUUGCUUUUGACUUGCACCGGGCUUGGAUUUGUAAAAGUGUGUUUACAACUCAUUUAGUUUUUGUUUGUUUGUUUUUUUCUACUUUUUAUUGUAGGAACAGACCGGAAAAGGGGUCGUCAGACCUACACCAGGUAUCAGACGCUAGAACUGGAGAAAGAGUUCCAUUAUAACCGAUAUCUGACCCGCAGGAGGAGAAUUGAGAUCGCCCAUGCUCUGUGUCUGACCGAGAGACAGAUAAAAAUCUGGUUCCAGAACCGAAGAAUGAAAUGGAAAAAGGAAAAUAAAACCCCCAGUCCUUCAUCAAAUAGCCAGGAAAAGCAGGAGACUGAAGAAGAAGAGGAGGAGUGAACACACCCCAAAGACUGAUGAACCCCAAGAUCCACUGGCACUCCUGGAUCCUGCCAUAAUACUACCUACAUCCCUUUUCUACUCUAGGGUUAGCUACCUACCCCACGUGGUGAUCCAGUAGGACCAUUUCUAUGUGACAUUUCAUUUAGCAAUGUAUUUGAAGAUCCUUAAACUUUCUGGACUCCAAUAUGUGAGAGAUUGUGACCCAAUACCGUAUCUGUGCUUGUUCGAUGUUAAGGGGGUGACAAUAUAUCCCUGUAGGAUUGUACUGUUCAUAUUAAAUGUGUUGUGUUGUUUUUAUUCAUUGCCUAUCGUGACAAUGUAAAAAAAAAAAAAUUACAAAAAAAUAAAAUAAAACAUGGAUAUUUUACAUUUUCCUCUCCCCUUGAUUCCCCCUUACGACGGAUGUGUAAUAUUAAUGUGCAAAUAAAACUGUGGUGUAAAGUUAAUUUUAAUAUAAUUUAAUCAUAGUCUGUAUUUUCAUUUAUUGAAAGUGCGCUCUUCUUGUAAUAUGUCCUUCAAAUAAAAUGAAAAUUAAUAGAAAAAAUUGUGCUUUUUUUUUUCGAAAUGUUGCAAUGCAAACAUUUUUUAUGAAACAAAAUAAGAUUGUUGCAAAAAAAAAAAAAAUAGUCGCUGUAUCUAUCAAUCUAUCUAUCCAGUUUCUUUAGAUUUAUUUUCUCUUUUCCAUGCAUAUAAUUUUUUUUCAAAUAGUUGCCCAUAUACACACAUGUGUAAAUAUAUAUAUAUAUAUAUAUAUAUAUAUAUAUAUAUAUAUAUAUAUAUAUAUAUAUAAACACACACACACACAUAUACAUGGUUGUCUAUGGACAACUAUCUAAAAACAUGUGUAUGUAUAUAUAUAAAUAUAUAUAUAUAUAUAUAUAAUACAUUUAGAACAUAAAUAUACAAUAUUAAAAUGCAUUACAAUAAAUAAAAUGCUGAAAUUCUAAACAAUGAAAUAAGAAUAUAUGUGAAAUAUAAAUAUAUAUAUUUCACAUAUAUUCUCAUUUCGUUGUUUAGAAUUUCAGAAUUCUAUUUAAAUAUAUAUAUAUAUAAUAUGUACAUAUUUUCUUUUUUAAUUGUUUGUGUAGAUAUACAUGAAUGUGUAUAUGUAUAAAACACAGAUUAAAUUAAUAUCUUGUAAAAUCUUUAUGCGUACAAGCGUUUUUACAUAUAUAGAAACAUAGAAGCAGAAAGAUAUAUCGAUAUAGAUAACAUUAUAAUAAAAAUUAUAAUGUAAAAUUAAUAAUAAAACGAUUAUCUCAUAAAAUGGUAACUCAUAAUUAUACGAAAAAAAAUUCUAAAACAUUUAAGAAAUACACAUACAUCUCUGUAAUACCGUAAUCACCAUAUUAUUAAUUUAUUAUUAUUUGAACUCUGAGUAUAAUUUAUAAGUUACGAACAUUGGUGGGAAACAUUCUCCCGUGUAUUGGAAGGUUUUAAGGCUAAGUCUCUCAGUAAUUAAAUCCGCUGUAGUUUGAUUUUCUCGAUUUCUGAUCAACAGGGAAUUGUGUGGAAUAACAGGAAUUAUCUCGAUGGAAAUAAGAUAAAAUCCUUGUUCUUUUUUUUUCUUCUUCCAAAUCUCCCUAGCUGUACGUGUGCACACCUACACUCACAUAUAAUCAAGCACCCACUCCAUCCAUAUCCAGGAUUACACUUCUUGUAAUUAUCCCUCUGCAACAGACACAUAGAAACCCAGAAACACAGAACACACACGUACAACAGUAGAGUCUUUUUUCUGUUUUUAAAUCUAUUUCAUUUCCUGAAUAUAUAUAUAAACAAAUAAAUAAAUAAUAUAUAUAUAUAUAUAUAUAUACACACACACAUAUAUAUUUAUAUGUAUAUAUAUAUAUAUACAGAUAGAUAGACAGACAGACAGACAGACAGAUAGAUAGAUAGAUAGAUAGAUAGAUAGAUAGACAGUUUGAAUAACCCCCCUAUCAGUGUCUGGGUGUCUGCCAUUAACAUUUGAGGGGUGCACAUCAUGCAGUGUUGUAUAUUUUCUCAUCCUCCCCUUCCUUCCCCCACCCCCAUUGUUGUAGUUCUGUGAUCACACAUUAAUACACAGGAAUCCUUUUUUAUUUUUUUGUUUCCUGCCAGUGCAUUCUUUAAACACAAAGAUGAUAGUGUGUGACAAAAAUACUCAUUCUCUGUAUUUAAUCCCCCAUCAUACACCAGGACCUGCAAGAUUCGUCUUUUAAAGGGAAAAUAAAGAUGGCGGCUGAGAAAAGGCUGCUCUUAAAGCAGUCAUGAAGAAAUGCAAUAAAUUCCUUGUUGUUUUAUGAAAAUUUACAACUUUGUGCUAGAAGUUUAUGAGUGGCUGGGUCCUGGGAUUGGCCAGGGCCGGUCAUGUGGACUUGUAGCCGUGAACAUGAACUUUUAUCAUUUCCCAUGUGGGUAGAUUGCAGUAGUCUCUCGGUCACCGCACCUUGGGUAGGAUCAGUGUCUCCUUCAGGGCUCCUGGCUGUGUCCUGGAUGUGGGGAUAAAGUGCAGCUCUGAAGGCUGGAGAGGAAUCAUUUUCAUGGAGGAGACUGCAGGAAGGUGGAGGAGAGCAAUGGAGGAGCCCAGGAGCUGCAGACAGAGGACAGCAUUGCUCAAACAGGGAACAAGCUCCAUUUUGCAGACAAAUGACAGAAAUCUAAAAGCAAUCAUAAGACAGAGGAGAAAAAAAACAUGGAUUUCAGCCUGGGACAAUCUGUCAUCUUAAAAUAACCUGCAAAGGUAAAGAAACAUGGCAUUCUUCUAUCUACUCUCCUAAUAACACCCUGUGCUGCCUUGCAUGAACAUAUACCUGUUAUCAAUGGCUAUGCAGUAUUUUGGGAGAACAUGCUAAUAGAAUAGAAUAUUAUAUGGAUUUUUCAUUUUACCUGUGCUGUUGUUUGUGUUUUAUGUAUGUAAAUAUUAUGUUAAAGAAGUAGAAUGCAACAUAUAUAUUUAUAAAACUAUACUAUUUGACAUGGAUAGAUUAGAUAGAUUACAUUAGAUAGAUAGAUAGAUAGAUAGAUAGAUAGAUAAGGAAAGUUGGAGACAUGGAUAGACAGACAGACAGGCAGACAGACAAAGAUGGGAGGAGAUAAGGAAAUGUUAAAACAGAGAGUUUUUCUUUAUUGUCAUUAAAGACAGAUUGUGUACAGACUUGCUGCUGGUUGGUUUUGGAACACGGUACUUUUUACAGGUAAAGCCAUAUAGUGUUGUGCUUGUGAAAGGUGAGUGUACAUGCAUAGGGUGUUGUUUCAGUAGCGUGAGAUGAAUACAAAUCUAGGAAUGGCGCAGUUUAAAGCGCAGGAGGGUCACAUCUCCCACACUCUGCAUACCUUGAGUCUUAAUUAUAUCUCACAAUCUACAACAUACAUACACACAUUAAUCUAUCUAUUAAUAUACAUUAUAAUACACACACACAUACACACACACACACGUACACAAACACACACACACACAACACGCACACAAAGACCACACGCACACAAAUACAUGCACAUGCAUAUGAUUUUAUAUAUAUUAUUACACACAGACAAAGUAAAACAGCAUAGAAAUGUACAUGUAUUUUCAUACAAACGCGCUACCAUGCACAACUUUCCAUAUAGACAAAUAUGCAUGAGAUCACGUACAUAACAGUGUUUAUCUGUUUUGGGUUGUGUUUUUUGUUGGUUUGGUUUGGUUUAGUUUUUUAUUUUAUUGUUAUUUUUUUUAUUUUUUUGCAGUUCAUGGCUUGUCAAAUAACUACUUUUUUUUUCUUUUCUACCUAUUUAUGUAGACCUAUGAAUAUUGAUGUGUAUAUAUAAAAAUGUGUAAAUGUAUGUUUAUGAAUAGCAUGUCAAAAGUCAUACUUACUGUAAUAUGUCUUAGUACUAAUAAUUUAGCCUUCUGUUUAUAGAACAGAGUGUUGAAGUGUGGCAAAAUUCCGACCAAGUAUCACAUUUGAAAAAGCUUCCAGUGCCAAUGAACUGGGUACACAUUUUUUUUCAAUGUGGGCUAUUUUAUUCUAAAUUUUCCUGGUUGGUUCUCAGGACAUCAGGUCUCAUUGUUUUAUGUAUACAUUCUAUUAUACCUUAUUAGCCAUUGCAUAUAUUUAACGAUUAAAAUAAAAUUUUUGAAGGCAUCAGAAGUAUGAAUAAUGAAACCACUUGAAGAAUUGCUUAUAGACACGCCGACAGUAUUUAUUGAUUUAAAACAAUUUGUACAAUGUGUGCUUUGUUUACUGUGAAAAAGGCGCUUCAUUAUUUCCCUGUCUUAUUUCCCAAUGAAAACUAUUGAGUAGACAUUUUUUUUUUUGGUUAAACCUCUCUGAUGUUGCUGAGCAAGUUCAAAAUAUGUAAUUUGCUGCCAUCUACCGUCUGGCAGUUGAAAUCACCUCAUAAGUGCUAAAGUGCAGUUAUUUGCAGGUUUGGAAAAAAACAAUUGGCCCCAAAGAAAACUUUUUCACUUAAUACAGACUUUAUAGUCCUGUCUACAAAAAAAUAAUAAAAACUCGAUAGAUAAAGGUACAGUUAUUUCCAUUAAAGUUAUUCAUUAAUAGGCAGAUUGUAACAUUCAAAUUACGAAACAAUAUUGAUUACGUACACAUUUUCAUGUUAAAAUUUCAAGUAGUUGUAUAAGUAUAAAUAGUGAAUAAACAGGUUUUGUUAAUAUUAUUUUAUUAGUAUUUAUGAUAAAGGUUGUAGGAAAAUAUUACAGAAAACCAUUUAAAUUUAAAUUACUUUCUAAAUGUAAAUGUUAAAUGGAUUAUAUAUUAAUAAUCAUUAUACUUGUAAUCUUAUUUAGUAAGUACGAAAUGACCUAGUUAAUUAUAGAAACGGGAUCAUAGUGACAUAAAAAUAUUUACUGUAUUAAUAAUAUAUAAAAUAUAUAAUUUAAUAAUAUAUUUAAUAUGUAAUCUAAUAAUAUAUUAUAUAUUAUAAUUAUUAAUAUUAUUUUAUUAUAUUAUAUAUAAUAUAAUUAUAUUCAUUAUAUAUGUAUAAAUAUAUAUAUAUAUAUAAUAAAGCGAAUUUAAGAAAUAUUUUAAAGGCUGAGGAGUCGAUGUCACUAAUCGAUAAGCGAUAAAAUAUAAUUAUAUAUUCUGCAAGAAUAGAAAAUUGUAUUUUACUUACAAAAUAAGAUACGAUUUAACAGCAAAUUAAAUGUUUCAUCGCACUUCUUGAAAGUCUGUUAAAACAAUAACCAAGAACAGACACACAUGAGUCUCAGGCCUGCUUUAGCGGAAUCUCCUUUGCUGUAAAAUUACAAAGCAUUUAAAAGUGAGUUUUAUGACAGCAAUAAGGUCCUGAAGUGAGAAAGCCUGCUGGGUGCUCACUUAAUUUGCUUCUAAAGAUUCCAACAGAGACCUGGAAAAUCUGCAAUCUGUGGUUGAGCACUGUGUUUGUUUGGUUGUUCCAGGGAAAAGUAUCAGGAAAUGCUUUUAUUUCCGUUCACUGAAGCACAAAAAUGCUUUGAUACUUAAAAAAAAAAAAAAAAAAAAGAAUCUAAAGAAUCUAAAUGUUUUUGAGCUGAGUAACAAUCUGCCAGUUAUUCUUAAACAAAUAACAUUAUUUUCAGAAUGGUUCUGCAUCGUUUAGAUAGCUGAUUUAAAUAAAGACUUCGUAAAGGUAUGUAUGUAUAUAUAUAUAUAUAUAUAUAUAUAUAUAUAUAUAUUUAUUUUAAUUUAUUUUUUUCUUUAACUGUUGAGUUUGGAUUAUAAAUAAAUAAAUAUAAAUAAAUAAAUAUUUUAUAUAAAUAUAUAUAUAUAUAUAUAUAUAUAUAUAUAUAUAUAUAAGCAGAGAUUGCAUAUAUAUAUAUAUAUAUUCACACACACACACACACACACACACAGUAGAGAGAGAAAGUGAAAUAGUUCUCACCUUCUUGAUUAAAUUAAGAAAAUAACCGUUUAAAAGAGCUUGCUAAAAUAAACUAUUCGGUUUACUGCUCCUAUGUGUUCUCCUAUAAUACAUUCAUUUUCACAGGGGGAAUUGGCAUUAAUGAAUGAAUUAAUGAAUGAAUUAAUAGGAUAUAGUAAAAUUGUUACCAUUUUCACUCCUGCAGACAUGCAGACAAGAGCAAAUUUACAAUCCAUUUUCGUGGACAUUACAAAGAAUUACAAAGUGUUAUAUAAUUUGUAUAAUUCGCUGUAGCCAGUCUCCUCCUUUUACUGUCCUGGGAUUUCAGGAAAGAGUACAUUCAGUUUUAGUCACUGUACUGGAUUUUCAGUAAGUGGAAAUGAAGGCGAUCCCGGUAAUGGAUGCAAUAUAUCGUAUAAAGUGGUUCUUUUUUUUUUCGUGCUGAGAAGGUGAGAAUCGGUUGAUGUUCCAUUCGCAUAAUCGGUAGGGGAAAGUAGCAGAUCGGAGUGAAAGUCCAUAUUUUCCAUUCAAAAAAGAAAAUCGCUUUUCUCUGAAUAAAAUCUUCAUUUUAUCACAAGCCCAAAAUAUCAUAUUCUUUUACCAAAAACCGCUCACCCCUGAAAAAAAAGACAAAUAGCAAGGAUUAUAUUGAUGGCUAAAUUUAACAGCCUUAAAUCACUAUUGUUAAAUAAAGUCAUUUAUUGAUAUAUCGAUCACAGUUAUCCCUUACAGUCACUGAAAAAGGAAUAAAUUGGUCUGCCUCUGUUAUAUACAGGCGUGUAAACAUACUAUAUAGUAGUAAUAGUAGUAAUAAUAAUAAUAACAGCAACAACAAUAAUAAUAACAACAACAAUAAUAAUAAUAAUAAUAGUAACAAUAAUAAUAAUAAUAAUAAUAUAAAAUAGUUAUUAAUGCUCCAUAUUAGACUUAAUGGCACCUUAAUUAACUUUCCAGCAAAGCCCCAAACCUCUCCACCCCUUUCUAAAUUUAUGAAUCAGAUGCCAAACGGCCACGUUAAUAAUUUUUUUCCCCCUCAAUUGGGGACAGUAAAGCGCUUUAACGAUAAAGAAAUAUCUAACUACCAAUUGUAAAGUAAAAGUAAAUAAAUACAUUUUAUAUAUAUAUUAUAAGAGAGAGAGAUACAUAAGUCAAAGUGCUAGUAAUAAAAUAUAAAAUACAAAUUUAAUAAUGUGUGACUAUAUAAUAUACAGAUGGCCUUCUCUUGUAUGAUGAAAGCGUUAUCCCCGAUUCACCAGUAAUAAAUAUAAAGGGGGACAUGUACCAGAGUCCAUUUCUCGUUUUAAAACCUUAAGAUUUAAGAGGAUCAAUAAUCACAUUAUGCAGCCCUUGACCAGAACGUAGAGCGUGUUUUAGUGUAAAGUGUCAUGCAUAGAUUUUACCCACAUUACAAAACAAAUGCCCACAGACUGUGCGAGGAAUGGGUGAUGGAGGGGCAUAGACUAAGCCCAGGCAGUGCUCUGCACUUGGUAUUGAGAGUACCCUGUUGGUGGCGUGUCCAUUCUGCGUACAUUUUUCUACACUAUUCUAUGCUAUUUAUUAACCCGUAAGACUUAAGAAAAACACACAAUGUUGCAACCUGAAUCCCCCCAAGAUUUCAGAUUUCUGCCUCACACCUCUGUAAUGGAAUUAUGUUUUUAUCCAUGAAUUGCUUAUUUGUCGCUGAAGUGUUUGGUGAUUUCUAUUAGUUGCUUUGUUAAGAAUGAUGGAAGAAUUCCAAAAACUUUCCAUUUUAUCACACAUUUUCUAUGUUGAUCUAUGUUUUGAAACCUGCAAUCAAAUCUUUAUUUUCAAAGUGAUCUGUUGUACAGUCAGCAGUAUUUAUAUAUAUAUACAUAUAUUUUUUAUUUUAUUUUUGGGGACUUUUUUUGUUUGUUUGUUGUUUUUUGUUGUUGUUGUUUUUUUCCCUGUGUUUCUUUAGAAAGGCUGGUGGAUUGUUCACAGGGUCCCUGGUGUAAUGCAAGCCCCUCUAGGGUGCUAUUUCGCAAUAUCAGGCUCUUGCUAUUGGUCAGUAUCUGAUCAUAUGCUACAAUUUCUUUCUGUCCCUCACUGGCACCCGGCCACCCCCCUUCAGCUAAAACCCAAUCUCCGAUAAACUACUAAUAGCUAAACCACUUGGACUAUAAAACACAACAAAUCAUAAAGCCAGGAAGCUCGCUGCCUCCUCCCAAUGAGUUCUUAUUUUGUCAAUUCCACUUUCCCGGUAACUCUGCCUGCUGGCCAGGAAUCCUUCCUAGGUCAAAUCCCCUUAUAUUCCUCAGGCUAUGCGGACCCUUUAAGACACUAUCCUGCAGGCUAUGGAGCCACUGGAGUCCAGGACAAGGGCUAUGGUUCAUCUCCCUAUUACCAGCCAGCUAAUGGAGCUUACAGCAGGACAGCAGCCUGUGACUAUGGAGCAGCUGGGUCAUUUUACAGGGACAAGGACCCUGGCUGCUCACUGUCCUCCCUGGAUGAGCAGAGCCACUACAGCCAAGAGCAGCGCAAACCGGACUGUGCGCACAGCAAGACGCUAUUUGACGAGCAGGAAGACGCAAAGUGCUCCACGCCAGUCUACCCCUGGAUGCAGAGGAUGAACUCUUGUAACAGUAAGUUCUCUCUCAUUCUCUGUUUUUGGGGGAUUUAGAGCUUCUCACACUCCUGCCUUCUACCCUUCUACAAAGUACAGGCUGGGAAGUCAUAAAUCACAGAACUCCAACCAAAUGUACAUUUCUGGUUGAAAGCAUGCCAUGGAGGAGUUUAGCAAGCCCCCUUCUCCUCUCUCGCUCUCUCCUCUUUCCAAACUCCUGUCUCUCCCUCCCCUCUCUCCCUUCUCUCUCUCUCUCACACACACAUACACACAGACUCACAUUUAUUAAAUUUAUCGAAUUAUGAUUUUCACACCCAUUUAUCAAAAUCCCUUAACAGUUUUCUCUACUUUAUCUGACGCUCUUCUCGUUUUCAGACACUUAUUAUACAUAAAGAGCCAACAUAGUCUGCAGCGCAGUACAAUAACAAUGAACACACACACACACACCCACUUUCUUUUUAAACAAUUCACCUUCCUGUGCUAGAUUCUUCUGUUAUAUUUUACUGUCUCUCUAAACUUCUCUCUGCAGAUCCUCUCAUCCUUCUCUCUCUCCCUCUUUUUCUCCCUCCUUUAUUUUUUCCCUCUCUGUCUCUCUCUCUCUCAUUCUCUAUCAUUUGUCUCUGUCUCUCUCAUUUAUUUUCUCUUCUUGUUACUGUGUAAAUAGCAGUAAGUAUAGUUGAUGUGCACAUUAAGGAGCCCUGCUUUACACCAUGUAAUGUAAGUUUAGUGAAAUAAAAGCUCCCAGAAGAUGGUUUAGCACACACACUUAUUGCCAGAUUAAUAUUCCCUGAGCCCUGGAGUGAGGGUCCCGCAUUCCAGGAUCGGUUGGUUUCUCUACUCGUUUGGACCUGGCGCCCAUUAGUCAGGGGAUAAAGUGCUGGAUCCAUUACAGUACAAGACUUCUGGCGAUCAAUACAUUUCAUUAUCACUAAACGCUGAAACAGUUAUUAUAACCGGUUGGUGAAACCGAGAAAACCCUUGAUUCUGGGCAGAACUCAAUAUUUAGUCCAGACAAGAACUCAGAGUCCUCUCCUCCUAUUCUGUCUCUGUGUAUUAUGCAGAAUGUGUCAAUCAUUUUAUAUACAGUACACACAUAUAACAUCACUAAAACAUUGUGUAGAAAAAUGUACAUGCAAUUAUAUUCUAAAAAAACCCAACUAUUUAUAUAUAUGGGGGUGAGGGGAAAGGACAGAGUAUGGGGAGAAUGUGAAGGAAAAAUGGAUAGAUGGAUGAAUACAACACAGAAACAGGUAGAAUCUAUGUACAAAUUGGCACAAAUUGAGGGAAACAUUAAACACAGUAACACACAAAACAUGUAUUUAAACAAUGUGUGUGUGUGUGUGUGUGUAUUUAUACAUAUGUGUGUGUAUAGAACAAUGUAGUAUGUGUUCACACAUACCAGAGGUACACAUACAGCAUGUUGAAUGAAAAUCCCCCAUAUCAUAGUACAUCUCUAUCUCUCCCCACUUAUGUGUGUAUAUAUUUCUGUCUGGGGACUUAACAAAUUUAUUUAUUCUGUUAGAAGAUGCACAUAUACUAUAAUAGCAUUCUUAUAGACAGGCCAUAAAUUCCUACCUUUAAAUACAGAAUAUUUUAAGCACAUGCCUCUACACCUUCACUGUCACCCGAUAAACAGAUUCUAGAGAUAAAUACAUAAAUGAAUCCAUAUUCUGGAAGGGCAUAGUGUGUGAAAAUAAUAUUUUUUUUAACGAUCUCUUCUUCCAGGUUCGGUAUUUGGGCCCAGUGGAAGGAGAGGCCGGCAGACCUACACCAGAUACCAGACCCUGGAGCUGGAGAAAGAGUUUCAUUUUAACCGAUACCUGACCCGAAGGCGCAGGAUCGAGAUCGCUCAUUCUCUGUGCUUGACCGAGCGUCAGAUAAAGAUCUGGUUCCAGAACAGGAGAAUGAAAUGGAAAAAAGAGAGCAAACUUCUCAACUCCUCUCUGCAGAGCACAGGGGAGGAAGAGAAAGCAGCUGAGUGACAGAACGUCUGUCGAAACGUGCGCCACAAUCCUUGUUCCUUGAAUAAAUUAUUCUUGCACACAAGACUGGUAAAGAACAAAAAAACUAGUGACACAGAUUCUAUGUGAAACAUAAACAUUCUACUACCUAUAUGUCUGACUACUAGUCAGAAUCCUUGAUAGACUUUUGAAUAUGCAUAAUUAUAUGUAUGUAUCUAUAUAAGUUUAUAAAUACAUACAUGUAUAUAUAUGUCUGUAUAUAUGCAUAUACAUGUAUUUACACACAUAUAUAUAUUAAUAAAAAGCACUCGAUCUUCAAGAGUCUUGUGUACCAACCAUGCACGAUUUGAAGGUUCUAUAUUCUUUCUUUUAUUUCUAUGUCUACUGAAAGUACUUAUAUAUAUAUUGCCUAGGAUCAAAUUGUGAAUUGCUAUAUUUUGUUAUUUUUUUUGAAUGUGGUUGUUUGUGAUUUCUAUUUGUAGUUUGUAUGAGAAAAAAAAAUAUGUUUAUUAUAUUGUCCAUUGUUAGUUAAUAAUAUACUGAAAGACAUCCAUAGGAUUUGGUAUCUUUAUUGUUCUAAGUGUACUGUUAUACUGGAAGCACAAACUGUCUGUAUUUUUUAAAGCACACGGCCCAUGGGGGAUUUAAACUGACCAAACAUCCGUUCUCAUUAAAAAAAAAAAAAAAAAACCGAAAAAAUAAAAAUUAAAAAUAAACUGGCUGUGUUCUGCACUUUCCCAACAUUAAAAUUAGAGGUAUCACAAAUGGAAAAAUUACCCAUAUAUUUUACCAGCACAGCGUCUGCACAUCUCACUAAUUCAAUUUUCUGCUGUUCUAAGGACGCAGACUGUCUGGGAUAUUUCAUUAAAUGUUGCUGGAAUUAAACUUGUGACUUAUUUUCUCUGUAUAUUUGGGACUGGGUAUUUAGAUAUGAUUUUAUCUGCUGUAUAAUAAAAUAUUUGCAUUUCCCCGAGAAAUAUGUAAUUUAUUUGCAAUUGUUUGGAAAUUAAAACUCAUUAGGAGAUUCGAAUCUUUUUUAUCAUUGCAUGGAAAAAUUGCUAUUUAAUUAGUCUUUAAAAAGCGUCGGUAUUCGAUUAUGUAUGACAAAUACACACGUGAUAACAAUGAGAAUGAUGAUAAUAAUAACUCAAAUAUGUAUUGUCCAGUGUUUCUCUCAAUAAGCUAAGUAAAACGAUAAAUAUAUUUAUAUAAAUUUAUGGUUAUGACAUAACUAUUGUAGGUUCUAUUAGCACCAUUGUAUACAUAGUGGGGCAGAUAUAACCCUACUUCCAUUCACCUUUUAAUCAGGCCAGGUAUUUUUAUAGAACCAUACACAUUACACACAUGUAGCUUUAACUUCUGACUAUUUUAUAUAUCGCAUGCAAUAUGUAUUGCAAUAUUUCUGAGCUUAAAUUAAAUAACCCUUUAUAAAUAAACAAAAUAUUUAUUCUUCACAAAGGCAUAACUUGCUAACUUAUAUUAUUGGUUUUCAAGCAUAUUAAGAUUUUUAUUUAAAUAGUUAAGGGUACUGUGUAAGAAAAAAGCAUCGAUUCAAUUCCAUUGUUGAAAUAGGGUUAAUGCAAUUUUCUUGCAGACAAAUAUAUUUUUAUAUUUAUUUUAUAUAUAUUAACGGUUCUUUGUUAAGAUACUAUAUAUAUAUAUAUGUGUGUGUGUAUAAAAAUAUAUAUAUAUAUAAAUUUUAAGAAACCUUAAAUUGGUUGAGGGGGAGGGUUGGGGGAGGGGGGGGGCAAGUAACUAUUUUUUUGGGUGUGUACCCAGAAGAAGUUCCCCGUUUCUCCGGUAGGUGUCACGGUCUGACAACAUGCAGAGAGCUUCUUCCCUGAGAUUUUUUUUUUUGGAAGCCGUACAUUGACUCGGGCCUAACGAUUCUCAGAUCGUCAUUAUUUGUAACCAUAGAGCAUGAAUUACCUCUUGAGGUCAUCAGUGAGAAUUUACGACUGGUCAACAAAAGCACGUGAUUUCCAAACGCACCCACACCCCCAUAUUUGGCCGCAUACAUAGCAAAAACGAAGUACAGUGCAUUGCUAUAAUUCAUUAAUACAUCAUAAAUCGUGAGGCACGGGGUGAUCCACAAAUCAAGCCUCCAAAAUCACCCAAAUGAGUUCCUACUUUGUGAACUCGUUCUCAGGGCGCUAUUCUAAUGGCCCCGACUACCAUGUGUUAAAUUAUGGGACUGGCAACAGCAAUGUGAACGGCUCUUACAGGGAGACAGGCAGCAUGCAUUCCACCUCUUAUGGUUACAACUACAAUGGAAUGGACCUCAGCGUCAGCCGGGGAGCAGCUUCCAGCAGCCACUAUGGGGAUAGCUCGGGAGGGUUCCCAGCCCAGGAGAACAGAUUCAGAGCAGCUUCCAGCUGCCCCCUCUCCUCCCCAGAGUCCCAGAGUCAUGGGGGGAAGAAUGAGCCUACCCCCUCAGACCCUGCCAGCUCUAGCACCCACUUCACAGAGGUUGAGGAAACCAGUGCUUCCUCAGAAACCGAGGAAGCCACCCCAAGAACCAGCAGCAGCACCAGCAGCACAUCAAGGGCACAGCCAGAGAGUAGUCCAUCAGGAGGAGCCAGUGCAGACGGACAAACUCCACAGAUAUUCCCUUGGAUGAGGAAACUGCACAUCAGUCACGGUACGGCUGCUUUUUGUAUUUUCUCAUUUUCCAGGGCAAAGGCGAGAAAAAGUCCUGAAUUUGGGUUUUAUUUUUUUCUUGAAGUGUUCAUUUUGCACAGAACCAUUUAAAGAAUGAGGGGUUCAGGCAAGGUGAGAUAGGAUUGCAACACAACGUUCUAAUGCCAGUGACGUAAAAUAGGAUAGAACACGGCGGGUUUAAUAUCAAGGGAUAUAAUAUAGCAUGAUAUGGAAUUAGUAUAAUAAAUAAAAUGGGCUGAAUUUAAUAUAUACCACGUAAUAAAUGAAAACUGUACUAAAAAUUUAUGAGUUGUAUAUAUAUAUAUAUAUAUAUAUAUAUAUAUAUCUAAGUAAAAUAGAUACAUAAAAAUAGAUAGAUAGAUAGAUAGACAGACAGAGAGACAGACAGACAGACAGAAAGAUAGACAGGCAGACAGACAGACAGGCAAGCUGGCAGACAGAUAUAAUUUAACACUGCACAAACUAGACAGACAACACAAUGAGCUAUAAAGUCGUGAUUCAUAAUGUAAUCUUAAAAAAACAACAACAAACACUUGAGAAGAUGUAAAUUAAUGAUAAAAUGUAUCGUGAUUUGUAUUUUCAUUUUUUUCUAAAAAUAAAAUAUCAGGGAAGUUAGUAAUACUGUUUAAUGUCAUGUACAUAUCAUCAAGCACAUUAUUCCAUGAAAUAAAAUAUAGAUAUAUAACAAUUCAUGUUAUGCUGUGUGAUUUUUAUUAUAGCGUUUAUAAUAAUGUAUAAUAAUGAAAAUGAAACACAGAUCAUACAAGUCUGUGAAGAAUCUGUAGAGUAGGCUAAAUUAUGUAAAUAAAAAAAUAAAAUGCAAUAAUAGCCAAUAUGGUAGAUACAUUGUACAAAGUUAAGGGGUGUUCUCCUAAUUGCAGUGUUUUAGACACAGUCCAUACAGGUGUGUGGGUGGAGGAACUCAAAGGUUACAAUGGGAUUGUGCCACUAAUAACCCGGAACGUUGUCCCCCCAUGAUGCAGAUAUGACAGGUCCUGAUGGGAAACGGGCGAGAACAGCCUACACCCGUUACCAGACCCUGGAGCUGGAGAAAGAGUUCCACUUUAACAGGUACCUGACCAGAAGAAGGAGAAUCGAGAUAGCCCAUGCCCUGUGCCUGUCCGAGCGUCAGAUCAAAAUCUGGUUCCAGAACAGGAGGAUGAAAUGGAAAAAAGAUAACAAAUUAAAAAGCAUGAGUUUGGCUACCACAGCCAGUGCCUUCCAGCCCUGAAGGGCCAGUAGUUCCCUCACUGGACUAUACCCAGGGCUCCUACAUAGGGCACUUGUUUGGUCACCUCUUGGCAUGUCGGUAUUAUGGACACAAUGAGGUGGGGUAUUAUUUUUUUCCAAGUGGAUUGUUCCCCAUUUUUUUCCCCUCAUAUCUUGUUGCAUCCAAUGCUCUCAAUUCCGGUGUUGUCCUAAAUGUUUGUGACCGUGACAUAAUGCUGCUUUGGAGAACAUCGCAUGUUUAUAAAAGCUCUUAUAUGGUAUAACUUAAUUUAUAAUUGCUAAUAAAAAAAUUAAAAAAGUGAUGUUUUACAUUUACAGGUCUGGGUAAUUUCUGUGUCAGGCCAGGUAGGCUAUCAAUGCACUAAAACAAGGCUCCUGAGUUGUGUUAUAUCAAUGUGAAGUCUGUGUUUAUGGGUUAUUAUUUUUUAUUUUGAUAUAUAUAUUUUUAUUAUUAUAAUAAUUAUUAUUUUAAUUGUUGUUAGACUUUUAGGCAGAAUAUGUUCGGCCUGAUUGUGUUUACUAUCUUCUUGUAAGGUUAGCCUAAUGAUGGUGUGAUAUAUGUUGGGGGAUGGGGGGGAGUGAAUGACUUGUUAUGUAAAGGUACCUGUCACUUUUGGCUGCCUGAAGAUAUGCCAUUUUUUUGUAAUUGUUUGUAGAAAUAAUAAAACAUCUCUCCUGAUAUAAAAAAACAAUAACCUGGUCUCUCUCUUUCUUUCCAAUAUACAUGUUUGUACAGACAUUUUUAUAUGUGUUUAACGUUAUAAUUGUGCUAACUGUGAAGAUACAUAGAAUCAAAAACAAACAUAAACCAUUCUUAAAACACAUUUAAAGCACGAACGAUCCUAAUAAAUAAAUGAAUUAUAUUAUGUUAUGUAGAAAGAAAAGUCUGCCUGGAUAAUCAAGGGGUAAGUGGCCUAGGAGGAAUCUCCUAGCUUUGGAUAAAAUCUUUCCUCCAUACAAUGCAGAGAUAUCACAUCAAUGAACUGCCCUUUGAUCCUCCCAAGUGAACAGAAACACAUUAAGAUCUAGUAAUAUUAAAGACAAUUAUGAUAUUUUUUCAAGAACGAAAGUUGAAAAACUUACCCCUAGUCUGCACAGUUUGGGCCCUUCUAAGAGACUUUAAAAGCUGGCUGAACACACUUCCAUUUGCUAUUUUUGUAGAAGCAAACUAAACCCCAAGUAGGUAUGACAUUUACAUGUCAAAUGGGUUCGUUUUUAUCUAGAAGUUAGAUCGUAAAAAUCGCCCAGACCUCAGACAGAUACCCCCUCACUGGCUCUCAAAAGUCACGUGAGGUCCAUAAAGUUAGGUUUAUGGUUUUAGGGAGUUGACAUUGUACAAUAUAUUUCACAUUCUCCGGAAUGUUAAGUGACAGUUUUACUGGCUUACUAGGGACGCUGUGAGUUAGUAUUUUAGCAGAUGAGCUGGUGGAAGCCAUAUCAGACUGUGCAGGUUUUCUACCUACUGCAGAAGACGAAAGGAUCUGCAAUAAAAGUAAGUAUUCUAUCUAUAUUCUUACCCAUAUACUUUUAAAGUCUCUCAUUCUAGGGUGUUUCCUACAAGCACAGGGCUUAAUGGGAGAGCUCAUAGUCACUUUAUGUGUUAGCAGAGAGAACCAAACGUUACUUAAUAUUCUUAGAAUAUAAGAAAGAACAGCAAGGGUUUCAGAACAUAACGUUGACAGGUGUUACCAUUCGGGUAGAUCAUGUGGGGACCAGUAUAUGUGUGUGACCUUUCAAAGCUUACAGUGAGGGUAUUUCUUUUAACGUAUAGAUUGCAACUAAAGAAUAUGUAAUCAUUAGGAUGUUUUAAAUGAUGUGGUGUGUUAGCAUUGUUAUAUUGGUAAAUGAAUUCACAAGGAAAAACGUGCAAAAUAGAAAAAAAAGAGGUGUAGUUUUUUGUAAAAAAAAAAAAACAGAUUGACAUUGUAAUAGCUAGGAAAUAACUGGAAAAAAACAUAAAACAAAGGGGAAAAAUGGGUGAAUACUGUCAGAAGCUUUUUUUCUCUAUUCUAUGCAUAUACAAAGAUAGAUAGAUAGAAAGAUAGAUAGAAAGAUAGAUAGGUAGAUAGAUAGAUAGAUAGAUAGAUAGAUAGAUAGAUAGAUAGAUAGAUAGAUAGAUAGAUAGACGACAGAGAGAGAGAAAUACUGAGGGUGAGAAAGAAAAAGAAAGAAAUAGACAUCGACAGAUAGAUAGAUAGAUAGAUAAAUAGAUAGAUAGAUAGAUAGAUAGAUAGAUAGAUAGGCAUAAAAUAAGAAUACACAUUUCAACCUUCAGUUAAUUUCUGUAUUUCUUAUCAAUCUUCCUUUGAUCACUCUUUGAAACAUCCUUUGAUCUUCAUAACAACAAAAGUCUAUGGUUUCUAGAAUACCUAUCUAUUUACACAAUAUUACGUCUUUCUGUGUUCACAGUAUUUUAGAACUGUAAAAACAAACACACACACACACACACACACACACAAACACAUUCUUUUUAUAUUUUUUUCUUUUACUAAAACCCUGACUGGUAUAACUUUUAAAUACAUAUUCUACAAGGUGCCUCUGUUUCCCAUGUUUAGCCUGCAGACAUAACAUCUGGUCCAGGCUCCGAAUUUUAUUUCCAAAAACCAGUUUUCUUUGCUGUCACGCGAAAUGGAUUUUGUAGCGAAUUACAGAUGACAAAUCAUCCGAAGGUCAUUUAGCGAGUCAUAUUACACUGGGCUCUGUAAGGAGACUAAAAGCUAAACUUACUUCAAGAUUAUAGGUUGCAAAAUUAUAUGUUAUAAAAGUGUGUGUGUGUGUGUGUGUGUGUGUAUAGAGAGAAAGAGACAGACAGAGAUAGAGAGCGGAGAUUACACACAUAGACUUUUUAUUUAUUAUUUUUAUUUUUCAAUAUAUGCAUAUUUGUAGGCCUGUGGCUGUUUGCUCCCCAUGGAAAGUUUGUAUAGGGCUGCGGGGUGGGGUCAUUCACAGGGGUAGUGCAGGCUGUGCCCACUCCCCCUGCAGCAGAAAGUUGUGUGGGUGUUUUUUUUACUCUUGCAGGAGGAUGAGGUGUUACAGAGUAAACAGGAAAGCUGGGAUAUGUCUGUGCAGACAGAGAAUUUUCACUGAGUUUUAAACUGGUUUCCUCUAUUUUUUAUGUUUUAAAAAAAAAUUAAUUAUAUAUAUAUAAGAUAAAUAGUUGUUAACUUUGCAGCUGAAAUAACUUAAAAGCCUGCCUAACUGCAAGCUAUCCUCUCAGAUUCAAGGCCCACGUUUUACAGCUGCCAUGUGUGUGUGUGUGUGUGUGUGUGUGUGUGUAGCACAAUUAAACUGCUAAAUACACACAAUGCACGUGUAUGGGCGUAUUGCUGUAUAAAUGAUCGUCCUUAAUUUAAUGCUAUAUAAUUAGUUUGUAUGAUUGUGUGUGUGUGUGUGUGUGUGUGUGUGUGUGUGUGUGUGUGUGUGUGUGUUUGUGUGUAUGCAUUUAAAACGAUGUUAUAUUCAGAGUAUGUGUGUCGGUUUGUGCAGAUUAUAUUUUAUGACAUUAUUCAGUGUGAGCAUAUUGUGUGUGUGUUUGUUACAUUAGUUUAGACAAACUAUAUCACACAUAUAUUCUGCAAGAAUAUAUAUACUCUAUUUUACUUUCAUUCGUUUUCAUACAAAUAAAUACAUGAAAUAAGUGUGUAUAAGAGAACGAUGCUGACUUAAUUUAUCUAAAUGCUAAAUAUGUGCAUUUAGUGUCUUCUGUCAGUGACUCAGUGUGUAACAGGAUUGAUCCAUUCUUUACAUCUAUAAUUUGAUCACUUUUCCAAGCCUGCACGUGUUUUAUUGGUAGAUCGAUGGAAAUCCAAAUUUGUAACAUUUGUUAAAUACAAGAUUAUCCAUUUCAAUAGUUAGUAAGCUUAAUGCAACAAAGAAACACACACCCACACAACUAAUCACGCAAACACACACAUAUAAAUUAACUCAAUCCAUAUUAUCUAAUAGAUCCCUAUCUCUAAAUAAAAUAGAAAUUGGUUUGAAAUUUUAAGACAAGGGGGGAAAAAAAGAUUUGCUCGCCAAACGAAUUCACAAUGUCUCAUUAGCACUGCGUCAAACGAGCCUGCAUUAAAAAUUCGCACUGCGUCACUGACUUGCUCUGCAGCACCAUUACUGCACUUUUACCCUCUCAGAAUUUCAUUAGUAUUCUUGAACCCUUGUUCACCUUUGCUACAAUGUUGCUGGAAUUAACAUUUUCAAUAAUUGCCAGUGUGUGUGUGUGUUUCUGUGUGUGUGUGUGUUGUUGUUUUUUUUCAUUUCUCUCCUUAACGCAAUAGAACUUUGUGAAAUCAAAUGUGUGGCAUGUUUUACUUGGUUGUAAGUGAAGUGAUUGAAAUCUGGUAAACGAUUUAAUUAGGAAUAUCAAAUGAAAAGCAAAAGGGGGCUCGAAUGAUUUGAAAAAGCACAGCUAUUCUAAACGAUUAAAUCGCCAUUUUAGCAGGAUAAUGGGGUUUGCAUGCUGAAUGGAAGAAGCGGUGCACACAAGCUAUUAAUUAUUCAUGUAAAAGGAUCAUUGAGAGGUCAGCAGACUAGUGCAGAACAGAGCACCAAGCCUGGGCUGUGCCUCCUCUGCUGGGCAUCUCACCCCAACCGGGUCACUCUCUAGUCAGGUUUAUGGCUCAUUCAUUUAGCUUAUUUUUCUUCCUAUAAGACAAUUUUAUAUUUAACAUGUUUUCUGUACAGUGCUUUGUAUUUCUUUGUAUUUAUUAUUUUAAAAUCGCCUUCAAAACCAAUGCUAGGCAAUAUUUCAUUGUAAAGAAUAUCUGAACCUAUUACUCUAAGCAAAAAUAUUUGUUUUUUACAUGAAAAACUUUGAUACACAUAUUUGAAUGUCAUUUUUAAGAUAUUCUAAGGGAUAUUGGUGGCCUGUAGUACCAUUGACUGAACAGCAGAGCCCGCUUUAGACCAAGCUCAUGGCCCUAUACCUUAUAUACUAUACACGUAGCAUAUAGCAAUCUUUUUCAGGUACACCUAAAUGUAUCUCCAUAUACAUCCUCCUAUCCGAGAAACUCAUAGUAAUACGCAAGUACAUUUUAUAUUGCUGGAUAAUGAACGUGUAUAAUUAAGGAAAUAAUUUAAGAUAAUAUAGAUACCCGAAAAGUAGAAUUUCUUGUCUACAAGCUUGCGAUCUAAACGUUUUAAACCUAAGCCCAUAAAGUAUAUACUCUUUAAUUCGUUUGCAGAAUACCCAUUUAUAGCAAGGUACUUUUUACCCCAUAUAUAAUAAAUUCAGCACUAGAUCAAAUGGACAUUUAGUUAAGAAUCAAAAUAAUCCAAUUUAAUUUAAGAACAAAUAUAACAUACUCGCCAAUAUUUUAGUAUAUCUAGUUUUUUCGUUCUCAGAUCUUCUACAAAUGUACAGUAUUGUAUUCCCAGUAAACUAGUUAGUGUGAUCCCUGCAGCCUGUCUGUUGAAACCAGAGAGAAGCCUGCCAGAGGCUUGUUUGCACCUUAUUAUAGUUCAUGGGGUCAAAAAGUGGAAGGUCAAAAGUUUACUCUGUGCCUGACUCACCACUGCAGCGCUAUAGAUCCAUAAGGAUAGGAAUGGGAUUGUGUGCAAGUGUCAGGGGAGAAGCACUCACUUCUGUAGGAUUACUAACAUACUUUGUGUUUUAGAAGUGGAGUACUAUGGUAAGGGGAUCAAGGGGAAACUCAAUUCUUCUGCCAAACACCUGAUAUCCCCAGAACUAUCUCAGGCGAAGAAAAAUAUAAUUUAUUUUAUUUUUCUAUAUGUUAGUAAUUUUAAAUAAAUAAAAUAAAUAUGUAUGUAUUUGAAAUUACUUAAAUGUAAAAAAAAUUGGAGUAAAAAAUUAAAUUAUAUAUAUAUUUAUUGUGUUUGUGUGUGUGUCACAGCUAUUCAUUUAAGUAAUUAAAAAAAAUGUACACUUGCAUAUUACUCACACCCCAAGGCUUUCUUUAAAAGUAAAAGUAAAGUUUUCUCUCGGAAAUGUAGGUGAUGUGCGUGAACAAAACUGUAAAAGAAUAGAUUAUGGACAUAGAUCUUUACAGAAAAGCCUCUAGGAAAGUCACUCGUGUCUGGUUUUAAUAUAUUGCAGGAUUUAUUUUUAUUAUUUCCAGUUGUGCUGAGCUAAGAAGCUGCAAAAUGCAGAAUGUAAUUACCGAGUGGGGAAAUCUAAGAUUUGCUCCAGUUUGACUAUUUUGGUCUAAUUUUCUUUUUAAUUCGGUUACCACCUAAUUGGAUUUAUAUCUUAACUAAUAUACCCAAAUAAUACACUUACAUAAAAAUAAGUUAUUAAAAAGGACAGUUGACUAUACAAGAGUACAUGCUACACAGCCUACUUGCACAAAAAUGUUUUCUAGAAAUAGCCGAACCCAGCAAAAUAUCCAUGUUGACAUUUGAGAAAUAGUAAUCGGGUUACGAAAUCUCAAGCCAUCUGUUUACCAGUUUCAGAGUUCUAGAACGAUAGUUUAAACGUGUGUAUGAAAUAUGGCGAGUCAGACAAACACUCUUCCCUACUUCGGUACUACUCAUCCUGUAUAUACCGAGUUCUGAACUAGACUUGAAACAUUUAGGCCAAAAUAAAUUGUAAAACUGUCUCAAUAUCUUCUAGAACUAUUUUUCAAGCUCUGCUAUUUUGCCCAAAUAAGUCGUACAGCUCCACACACCUCUGCAACAUUUUAGUAAAUAUACUUUUAUAAUACUUACGGUUAAUAUUGUGCUGGAAAAUUGCUGACAACGUAGGAAUUGAAAUAUUAAGGUAUGUGGAGUGAGAGUAAAGUAUCUAAUUGACUUAUAUCACUUAACAUAUAUCUGUGGCUACACCUACCUUGUAGAGGUUUAGGUAGGUACCUGUGCAGUGCUACAGAGGCAGAGUCCGUUCUGGAAUACGGGACCCAUUGGGAAUAUUCUUUGUGCUGGUACAUGUUCAGGCAUGCAAUAUUUAUUUUUAGGAGAAAUCAUUAAUUAAAUAUAAAACUCAAACUUUGUUGGAACCGUGCUGAGUUCAAUCUGUGUCACUAAAUAUGCUACACAACAGUAUAUAGUGGAAAACACCAUGUCAGACAGUGAUAAAAAUGAAUAAAUAGAUAGCUCGACAGACAGACGGACAGGGACAGACAGACGGACAGACAGACAAAUAGAUAGAUAGAUAGACAGAGAGAUAGAUAGAUCGACAGACAGAUAGAUAGAUCGACAGACAGACAGAUAGAUAGAUAUAUAGAUAGAUAGACCGACAGACAGACAGACAGACAGACAGAUAGAUAGAUAGAUAGAUAGAUAGAUAGAUAGAUAGAUAGAUAGAUAGACCGACAGAUAGAUAGAUAGAUCGACAGACAGACAGAUAGAUAGAUAGAAAGAUAGAUAGAAACAGACAGACAGAUAGAUAGAUAGAUAGAUAGAUAGAUAGAUCGACAGACAGAUAGAUAGAUAGAUAGAUCGACAGACAGAUAGAUAGAUAGAUAGAUAGAUAGAUAGAUAGAUAGACAGACAGAUAGAUAGAUAGAUAGAUAGACCGACAUACAGACAGACAGAUAGAUAGAUAGAUAGAUAGAUAGAUAGAUCGACAGACAGACAGAUAGAUAGAUAGAUAGAUAGAUAGAUAGAUAAAGAGAGAGAGAGAGAUACUAUAUACGAAAAUUAGACUACCAACCUAAACUUGCAUUAAUAUUGUAUUGUUUUCUGUAGAUGUGAAAUUAGUAUAUCCAGAGGUGUAUUAAUAUAUCAGGCAGGGCCCUCCUUUACCUUUUAUAUAGCUCUGUGUAUCUUGUAUACUGUAAUUUUCCACAAUUAAAGCGCUGCGGAAUAUGCUGGCGCUUUAAAAAUGCAUAUACUAAUAACCAUGCUACAAAUAUAAUAAGUUGGGCUCAUAACACCAUGGGUUAGUGACUCCAUUCAGGAAUGUAUUGUUACAGAGUAAUUAAUCAUAAAAUAUGGUAUGCAGAAGAAAGAGAGCUCUUGAUACUAGCCAAGGCACUGUACUAGGAUAAUUAGCAAAAUGGAGGAGAUAUGAUGGAAACUAAUACAGUUGGGACUAAAAGCAGGAACAACACAUGGAUUGUAAACAAACACAAAAUCAUCUAUACCAAGGGAAAUGUCCAUAGACAGAUAUCCUGCUGUAAUAAACCUGUAGCACAAUGGGAUGUAAAUAGGCAAUAGCAAAUAUUCCUUGCAUCUAUAAAAUAUAAAUUUAUUGCCAAUACAAGCAGAAACUAAGUUACAGUUAGACAUAGGAGUAUUGUGGAAUCAUUCUAUCUAUCUAUCUAUCUAUCUAUCUAUCUAUCUAUAUCUUUGUCUAACUAUCUACCUAUCAAUUUAUCUAUCUAUCUAUGUCUGUCUAUCUAUCUAUCUAUCUAUCUAUCUAUCUAUCUAUGUCUAACUAACUAACUAUCUAUCUAUCUCUCUAUCUAACCAUCUAACUCAGAGUUGCAUUAUAAUUAGUAUAAUCACUUACAUUGUAUUCGGCUUCUUGUAAAUAUGUACAUAAUAGUAUAAUGGACUCACCACUCUGAGAUAUGACAUGUACUUCUCUAAAUGCAGGCAAUCAAAUAUAGGUCGCUUGUGCUAGGGCCUUUAACAAGAAUAUUUAUUAGUAUAAGAGAAAUCUAUCUAUCUAUCUAUCUAUCUAUCUAUCUAUCUAUCUAUCUAUCUACCUGUCUGACUUUCUAUCUAUCUAUCUAUCUAUCUACCGUCUGUCUUUCUAUCUAUCUAUCUAUCUAUCUAUCUAUCUAUAUAUCUGUCUAUCUUUCUUUAUUUCUCUCUGUCUGUCUAUCUUUCUCUCUCUUUUUAUCUCUAUCUAUCUCUCUCUUUCUAUCUAUCUCUAUCAUCUAUAUAUAUAUAUAUCUAACUACCUGUCUAUCUAUCUAUCUAUCUAUCUAUCCAUCUAUCUAUAUUUCUCUCUAUUUCUCUCUCUCCCCCUCUCUCUCUCUCUAUCUGUCUAUCUAUCCAUAUACAGGGUUAUUUAUUAAAAUGAGAAUUCAAAGUGAAUUUCACAUUUAAGGCCAAAGUAUCUGAACUAAAAGCUCUAUUGACUUAGAGAACUUUUCCAGUUCGGCCUUAAUAUUAGAAAUUCACUUGGAAGUCCCCUAAAAUUCUCACAUUAGUGAACAGUCAUGAUAAUAGUAUAUCAUAUGAUCAGCAAAAUAAAUGACUUCCUGUGCAAUAUUUAUAUCCUAAAAAACAUAUCUAAUCUACAGCACUGCUUAUUAUUAUUAUUAUUAAUAUUAUUAUUAUUAUUAUUAUUAUUUGUCGUUUAAUCGCAGGAUCUGCUGGCAAUCCUUUUUAUACUGCUAUAGGUGAUCUUAUUGUAAAGACUAAUAUAAUGCAUUCUGUCUAGAUGAAAAAACGUGGGUGUCCUAGUCUGGAUAUUCUGUGCUCUCCUGCGUUUUGCUACAGACAGGCACAAGGUCUGAAUGACAUUGACAAACACUGGCAUAGUGUAGGAUCCUGUAACAUAGUGUCAGUAUAAUUCUCCCGUUCUAUUUUUUCCUCUUUCCGAGUACUGAUUCAAUAUCAGGCAACAAUUAAAGCGAGCUCAGUGUUGAGAGUGGGAGAGGCUAAGGCAGGGUGAAUCGCAGGUCACAGUUUGUAACUAAUAUGAAAAUGCCAUAGGGAUUCACACACCACGCCUCGCUGUUUAACAAAGGAUGACAAAAGUAUGAGAUUAAUUCACCAAAAAAGGGUGAUAUCUGCGACAAAUCUGAUCACAAGGCCUGCCUCUGACCACAGGAAGGAGCAGAGCCCUUUAAUUCAUUAGACUGGGCUAUAUUAAAGUUCUAGGGGAAAGAAGGAUGAAGAAGACAUGGCAGAGAGGUGGGGGCUCCUUGUAUACUCUCUUGUGGACACAUUUUGUUUUGUAUUUCCUUUUUUUUUUUUUUAAUGAAGGAGGAAAAGGGGCUCACGACUGGGACUUGCACUGUCCCGGCAAGGUAGGUUAAUUUGAUUUGGAAAGGGGGUGGGCAAUAUUGAGCUGGAGUCAAGGAUGUUGCAGGAGGUGGGGGGUAUAGGAGAGAUAAGAACAAAACAGGUUUUAAAAAGGUAUAUUCGCAGUGACCGCAAUGAGUGAGAAUGUUAAUUAACCCUUUCAGUGCCUGGUAGCAGUGUAGAAAGAUCUAAGGAAGUGGGUGGUAGGACAAGUCUCAAAUUAAAACAACAGUGCAGGAAAUAUUGGAUUACUCGGCUUAGUUCCAAUUGGGCUAUUGUUAGAAAACUGCUGGUGAAACCAGUGUGCUUAAAACAACUGGUUUGGUGUCUGUCACUUUAAAAUGUGACAGACUGUGGGGUAACUACUGACUUGAGUCAAUCCACUGCACGUUACAGGAGCAAAAUCCAAGAAAAUAAGUUUUGAUUUUAACUGAGAAAGAAAAGCUAUUGUUUCUUGAAUAACAAAUGGUAAUGAAGAUAAUGUAUAGGUCAAGGCCUAUCCUUCCAUACCAUAACAACCUGGUUGGUGUAUUGGAGGUGAAUUUAAGGGUAUUGGUAUGUGGGGUGUACACUAAGAAAGUGGCCUUUAAUGUAAUGAUUGCAUUGUGAUAUGUAACAUAAAGGUUGCAAUCAAGAUACCAUCAGUGUUUCUAAUGUGUUGCUUCACUUUUUCAAUAAAUACAUUCAUACAUACACACACACAAACAUAAGUGCACUUAGACAUACAUAACUGCAGACACACAUGAGCAUGCAAUCAAAAAAUACAGACACUGAUAAGGACAUAUCUUUAGACAAAAACACAAAUAUACACCCAUAUACUCAGUGAAUAGAGAUCCACGUACACACAUCCAUAUACAGGUUCACCCAGCCAUGUAUUCAUACGCAGAUAGGUACCACUUGUAGAUAUAUACAUAUAAACACAAACAUGCACAUAGAUAUUUGCAUUAAUUCAUAAACUAGAUGACCAUGCACACAUACACACAUACACCUAAACACAUACACAUGCAUGCACACAUAGACAUCUACACAGGGGCACAUUUAUGACAAACAUAUAUGUUCACUGGUAGACACACAUAGACCUAGGCUUAUAAACUUACUUACAGGCAGACAUGCACAUGUAUAUAUGCAAUUACAAGCAAACAAACAAACAAAUAAAUAAAUAAAUAAAUAAAUAAAAAUUGCCUUUCUAAGGAUUACCAUUUACAUGUUCUCUCUGUUAUGUGAUAUGUAAAGAAGUGAUUGUGUAAAGAACGAUUUCUAUGUUCACAGGCACACAUAAAUAUAUCACUACCCUGAACCAAAUGUUAAGUUUGAUGAGUUAAUAAUAGAGACAAUGAGUUAUAUUUGGUUAUGUUAAUAAUAAUAAUAAUAAUAAUAAUAAUAAUAAUAUUGGUAGGUUUAAGUACAUAUCUCCAUCAUGUCCAUCCCGUCUCCUUCCAUAUUUUGUUUUAUGUUGCAGGAUUAUUAAAGAUAAUCCCAAGUGUAUUAUAUUUAAUAACGUGAUAUGCAUGCUGAUUAUUGCUAUUCAAUCUCUGCACUUUCAGUUUAAUAAGAGGGCUGCUAUUAUUAGCCAUUGAUAGCACUUUGUUCUACAAAUCCUGAAUUUUUAAGGUAAAAUAUCGGCACUAAAAGGUUGGUUAGUUUAUUUAUUAAACACACAUGGCUAGUUUUGGAAACUUUUUUUGACUUGGGAUUUUACAAUUCAAUGUAUUAUUUAUUUAUGACAAUGUUUUAUUUAUAUUUAUAUAUAUAUGUGUGUGUGUGUGUGUGUGUUAUAUAGAUAUAUAUAUCUGAUAUAUGUGUUUUAUAUGUGUUUGUAUGUAUAUAUAAACACACAUAUGUGUUUUUAAUUGUAUUUUUUUUCAAAUAUUGUGUGUGUGUGUGUGUGUGUGUGUGUGUAUAUAUAUAUAUAUAUAUAUAUAUAUAUAUAUAUAUAUACACACACACACACAAUAUAAUAUAUAUACACACACAAUAUAUGCAAAAAUGCAAUUGAUGGAUACACGCGUUGUCACUUAAGGAUGUUUUCUAUAAUCACAGACCUGUUUGGAAUAAUCUCAAUUUUUAAACCAGAUACAUUCUUUUUAUUUAUUUUUGUGACCUUGUUUACAUAAGUAUUCCUCUCUAAAAUAGACUUGACUAUUUGUGUAUUUAUUUAAUAUUCUAAUUGGAAAAUUUCCCUAUUCUUCAACCCAGGUGUUAUCUCCAUAAAUGUAAUAAUUGUUACUGUCCGUUUACACUGUGUCACCUCUUCCAUAUAGCUUUCAUUCUCAUAUCUCAGUAUCCACGUAAAAUAUUAUUAUGGAAUCUUGGCCCGAAUCUAUAAUUCUGGCAAAUUAUGCAUUUAUGUCUCUCCAUAAAAGUAUUAAAUGUUCAUUAAGGUCGUAUAUAACAAAUUUAAUUUGUGUUUGUCUGGCUAUUAGCGUGUAUGAAUCUGAAUCUGGAAGUUAAUAAUUUUAUCCUUUACCUAGCAUCGGACAGACAGCAAGAAUUCAAGAGAUUUACAGACAUGUCUGUCUUCUGUAUGUACCCUGUAGAUCCGAAUUUGUGUGAUAACAGCAAUUUCACAAAUUCGUGUCUGGGGGAAUAUGCAGUUGACGCAAACGCUACAGACGCUGCUGGAACUUGACGCAGUUUUGCGUCGAACUGAUUUCAUAAUCCAUUUAUAUUAUUUAUUAUCUUUUUUUUUUUUUUUUUUACAAAUGCCUCCAGCUGAAUAAUCUCUGGAUAAUAUCAAGGUUUGAGAGAAGAUUCACGAUUACAUAUAAUCAGUUAAUGAUGUGAUGAUUGCAACGAGCUGAUGAAAAACAUGCUGUUUAAAUAACAGAGUUCAGCAGCUCAACUUGCUUUGAUUUAAGUCAUAAAAUCUACUAUUUUAAAGAAUUUAUGAUUUAUUAUUUUUUUCAGUGUGUUUUUUUUAGUGCUGAGACUGUAUUUUUAUUUUCGGUUUUGCCCUUGAAAUUGGCAAUUUAAUAUUGUACCUAAAUGGAAUUUAUUAAAGCAAGUAUCUCCGAAUUAGUUGAUGAAUUUUCUAUCGAUCUAAUGCAAGACUUAUCUGUCUCUGACAAGGUCCUACAAACCUUUUUUUUCUGCAGACACAAGACAGCCACUGAGACUAUUGCUGAUAUUUAAAGCUGUGCUCUGAAUACCUGUUUCAGUUUUGGCUGGAGGUAUUAGGAGGAGGGAAGAAGGGGAGGAGGGUGCACUUUAUAUUAAGUCUAAACAUAUGUUUUCAGUUUUCCUAAGGAUUUGGGGCUGUUUGGCUGUGGAUGCUCCCUACCUUAGUUCAGAUCACUAUGUAAAGUCAAGGGAUGUAAGAAGGUAUCAGAAUGGGUGGAUCAUUAAUUAGAACACAGGGGAUGGGGGCUGAUAACCUGACUGAUGUUGCUGGGGCUGUGGAACAUGUUUCCUUAUCCGGGGAUGGUUGAAACGUUCCCAUUGGCUCUCGGUGUCACAUGCAAAAGCCAACUUUGUUCACUUGACAUUAAGUAGGAGGGUUUCACCAAACAGGAAAACGACUGGGGCUCCUGGAAUAAAUUGUUACAUGGGUUUGGGUGCAAUUCAAACAAAUAAAUGACUAUGAGCUCGUUUCUGAUUAGUUCCAAUUAUGUGGACCCCAAAUUUCCACCGUGUGAGGAGUACUCCCAGAGUGAUUACCUCCCCAGCCAUUCUCAGGACUAUUUCAGCAACCACAAGAGGGACAGCAGCUACCAACAUGGGGCGACCUACCCUCGAGCCCCCAGCUCCAGCCAGCCCUAUCCUCCCUGCCAGGGCUCUGGACUUCAGCCCUCUGUAGUGUCCCCCAGGACUCACCCCCCAGCAGGACUGAUCCCUGAAGACAAGCACAACUGUCAGUCCACCAGCCCCAAUUCACCUCCAUCCUGCAGCCAAAUAUCCCUGGACAGCAAGCCCCUGGACUCUCCUUGCCAGGAUCCGGUAGUCUACCCUUGGAUGAAGAAAGUGCACAUCUCAACUGGUAAGUGUACACUAGUUGUGUCUUCUUUCCCCAGGACUUGGAGUAAAAAAAAAAUGAUGAGAUUUACGAUGUGCUGUUUGCAGGGCAGUAUAAUUACAUCCUCCAUAAAUUUUUAUUGCACUCUUUGGCCAGCUGCCUUUGAAGUUAAGUUACCAUCCUCCUCAAAUUUCUCCAAAGCCCCCGUUUUAGUAUGGUGUGUGUGUGUGUAGGGGAGGGGGGUUUGCUUUCCUUCACCAAGAUUUUUAUGUUUUGCUAAUUUGUGUUUUAAGUGGCAGAUUGGGUAAACUUUCACUGCUUCCUGUCACUUUAAACGUGGGGUUGUUAGAAAGUGCAAGCUUGACACUAUGUAACAAUCUGCUAUAUUAUAGCACUAACCACUUAAACAGAACGUGUAUAUAAUUCAUGGUUUGGGAUAGCCUAAGGGUGUUCUAUUAGGCAAACACCCAGCUUUAACACUGCUGUUUUGUCCCUGUUUAUCCAGCAUAAGACACCCUAGGGUAACAAAGUAUUCAUUGUAUAUGUAUAUGUAGGACUGAGAUUUUUUUAUUUUAUGUAUUCAUUAUUUGUAUUUAUUUAUAUUGCAGCCAAUCCUGCUUAUUGUGGGCCAGACAGUAAACGGUCACGAACAGCGUACACCAGGCAGCAGGUCCUGGAGCUGGAGAAAGAAUUUCACUACAACCGCUACCUGACACGCAGACGAAGGAUAGAAAUUGCGCACACUUUGCGUCUUUCUGAACGUCAAAUCAAGAUCUGGUUUCAAAACCGGAGAAUGAAGUGGAAGAAAGACCACAAACUCCCCAACACCAAAAUCAGAUCUAACACCCCCGCAAGCCUCCAAAUAACUGCACCCCAAAACCUUACCAAGGGGAACAUGGGGUGUCCUUAAAAAAAUCUCCGGGACUAAUUAAAAAAAAUUAAAAAUAAACAACUAAAAAUAUGAAUCAGACAAAGACAAAAAUUAAACUUAUUUUAUUUAUAUGAGGAGAGAACGCUCUGGAAAGAGAAGCAGACUUGGCUUUGUUCCUUGUCUCCAUUGAAGAGAAGCCUCUGUAGAUAUAUUUCAGAUUUGGAGAAGAUAGAUCUAUGUUUCAUCUUUAAUCACGCCAAACUCUGGCCCAUUUGUCAUGUUUACACUGCGGUACAAAGGAUGAACCUCGUCUGACAAGAGGGACGCUUACUUUAAUAAAUGAGACUCCCUUGUUUUACUGGGACCACAUUUCCUUUCUUCUCCUUUAUUCAACCCUAGAAUGUUCUGUGGUGGAUCUAACAUCCAUGCAUUUGAUAUGUUACAUGUAGAAAGCCAGCUGUUGUGGGGAGGGUUUUUUUUUAGCUGUGGCUGUAUUAAUCUUUGUUAGAUAGCUCUUUCAUACAUGAGAUUAUUUCAUAUUAGAGAUCCUUGGUUCUCAAAGUUGAUGGUCAUCAAUUUCUCUUGUCAAUUAGGUCUCCAGAACCAGGGAAUGGUACCCACAAUGAAAGCCUAGAACUGCCUGUUCCUAUCUAAUGCUCAUUUUCCUAUCAUUCCAUGAUAAAUCUACCUAAAUUAUGAAAAAUUCACACCCAAGGCCCAUGCACACAAAAGGACAUGGACUGGGUGGACUGGAGGGUGGGUGGGUGUGAGGGUGGAGAUAUCAAACUUCAUUAAAUAUCUGUCAUUCAUUCACUCUAGAGGCCGCUCCUUGCUUACUGUAAAUAUUCUAUGAAUAAAUAUUUUUUUUCUUUCUCACGUGAAUGUCUUUUGUGUUAUCGCAAACGUGUUAGCUUUGAUUACGUCAUGGGAACCCAUGAACUAUGACGUCAUAGCACCAGAAAUGCUGUUACCUCUUAUAUUUGUUCACCUUGUUUGAUCAAGCUCGCUUUAACAACUAUAUUUCAUGCAUAGAGCUGUCUUUUUUUUUUUUUUUUUGACAAGUAGCACUCAAGUAAAGUUUAUUUUAAACUUGAAAUCACUCCUCAGUCAUUGAAGAAGGUGUUCAAAUUCUGUAAAAGAAAAGGGCUCUGCAUUUAACGCGUUAAUAAGACUCAUUCUCUGCACAGAUGUUUCACGGUGUAUCCAGGUUUUCUGUGUGUUUUUAUAGUACAAAGAAUCCUGGCCACUGCAAUAGCUCAAACCCUGACAAGCAAAUAGAUGAUCAAGAAGACAAAUGGGUUCUUUUGUGAUACACCGAUCUUGUAUUAAUUUUCAUUUUCUCCCUCAUAUCGAGUUUCAGUUCGGGACUAAAUAUCUUUUUAUAAUUGUUAUUUUUUUUUUUUAUAAUUCUGCUUCCAUGAACCAGUUUGUGCGUGUAUAUAUCUAUCUAUAUAUAUAUAUGUACACACACACACACACACACACACACACAUCCUCAAAUUGUGUAAAUAUUUAUUUAAUAAUCCAGGUCUUGGUUUUUGUUUAGUUAAAAAUAAUUAUUUCUGAAAUAAAAAAUAUAUAGCUUCUACACAGCAACGUGUUUAAAUGUGAAGAAAGUGUAUUUAUAUUCUUUAUUGCAUAAAACGAAAUACACCUGAACAUGGUCUCAAAAAACAGUUUUUUUUUGGUCUCAAAAAAAAAAGAAAGAUCAAAUAUUCCUUUGGAAAAUAAUUUUUGCCUCAAAAAGGCGGCCAUGUGCUAUUUAGCCAAAUUAAAGAAUGGGCAUGCCACUCACUCUCCCAUAUAUUUAGCAUUUUCCUUGGUCCAGAAUUAUAUAUGUGAAGGAGAGAAUGGCUUUUAGACAGCUUUUUCUGUUGAAUCCCAACCAUUAUUUGUAGACAGAGCCCAAGAAAAAUGUGAGAAUUAUACAGAAAAAUCAUUAAUCACUUGUUCUUUUUUUAAAAAUACUUACCCGUUGUCUUUGUUAUUCAACAGCAAAUCUGUGUGGACCUUCUGUUGAGAGGGGGAAAAGGUGCAGGAGACUUCUGGAAACGUAAAAGAGACGCGGGAUUUGACCAUCCACUGUUUUCCCCCUUUUUAAAAAAAAAAAAAAAAAUUGGAAACGUUUCAGAAAACAUGGCUUGGAAAUUACAAGUCUUGAGAUCAGGGGCCAGGAUCCCUCAAGGUAACAGCACUGUCAAACUCACUGCAUUUUAUUGUUUUAUAACCUCCUGUCACAACUGUCUGUAUAAAAACAAAACUUCCUUUGAAGUUACUUUGAAGCUGACUCGGAUUUAAUAGAACAAAACAGGAUCUAUAAAAUCAUGUGCUAUAGAAGACACAGUCAGAACAAGGUAGUUCAUAUGUACAAGAGAUUCCCAAGUAGAUCUUAUAGUACCGAUAUAAAAUAUAAAUAAAAGGAGAACAAAACAAAAACAUACACACAAUUUAGAGAUUCCUAAGUAUGUCUCAUAGUACCUAAAUACAAAAUGAACAAAACAAACAAACAAAAACACACACACAAUUCAGAAAUUCCUAAGUAUGUCUUAUAGUACCCAUAUAAAAAAUGAACAAAACAAACACACACACACACACACAAACAAUUCAGAGAUUCCUAAGUAUGUCUCACAGUACUCAUAUUUAAAAAAUGAACAAAACACACACACACACACACAAUUCAGAGAUUCCCAAGUAUGUCUUAUAGUACCCAUAUAAAAAAUGAACAAAACACACACACACACACACACACAAACCCACUUACAAUUCUUAGAUUCACAAGCAUGUCUGAUAGUACUGAUAAAAAAAAGAACAAAACACACACACAUAUAUAACAUUCAGAGUUUCCCAAGUAAGUCUUAUAGUACUCCUAAAAAAAGAACAAAACACACACAUGCAAACUCAUAUAUAUAUAUAUAUAUAUAAUUUAGUAGAGAUUCGAUUUUUUGGGUUAUCAAAGAAAUAUUCCAAUGUAUAUUAUAUUUUCCAAUUAAUUUGACGCUAAAGUGAGUUCUAAGGAAAUGAGGGUUGAUCUGGAAAAAAAGAGCAUAAUCCUUUUAUCAAAUUGUAAUUUUGUAUUUUUUUUUUUUAUCAUAGAAAGAUAUAUGUGUUGUUUGUUGCAUAGGCGUUGUUUCACGGUUUUUCUUUUUUUUUUUAAGUAUAAGGAUUUUAAAGGGCAAAACAUCUGGGAAAAAAAUCAUAGAUGGCCAUGAAAUUAGACAUUUUUUCCUUGCUGGAAAAGGCUGGGAAUGCCCAGGAACAAUCUGGAAAUGCCAGCUUAUUUUGAGUGCUUAGAGCUCAUUUUGGGUCAAAUAAAUGUAUAUACAUGAACACAAAAAAACUGAAAGAAUGUGAAAAGGAAUGAGCUUAGGGUUCAACUGUAGGGCAAGCUGGUGUAAUAACCACAGUCUGCAGCAGGAACCCUGUGACCUCUCUCUGAGAGUGGACAGGGCCUCACUGAACUCUUGCUACACAGUGCAGGACAGCAGAAUUAAACUCUGACUAUCUCCAGAGUUCCAGGGCUCAUCUGGGGGCCUGAUAUUGGUCUUCACAGAUAAACAUAUACACAGUAAGACAUCUACACACAUGUUAACUACUGGAGUGCCAAAGGCUUUAGUAUCUCUUUCGAGAUAUUCACUAAGCAAUGAGAAAUAGCUUGCAAAAGAAAAUGAGAAAUUAUACCACACACACAUUUAUUAUUAUUAUUAUUAUUAUUAUUAUUAUUAUCUUUUUUUCUCUUGAUCUAGGCCAUUGAUCUUAGUUUUUUUUUUAAGCCUUUUGUUCACUCAUUGCAACUUUUUAGUGAAUAGACCUCUACAUAUAAUUUAUCUUAACUCAGUUAGGUUAUAUGAUUUAAAUAAAAUGCUUUCAAAAUACAUCUAAAUUCAAGAACACAAAAUAUAAAGCUAAAUAUGUCAAUAUUUCCACACAGGAUAUAAGGUAGAACUUAAGGACACACACAGGAUAUAUGGUGUAUAGUUUGUUUCGAAUGGAACAUUAAGUUUGUUGUUUUUUGAGGGGUGAGGGAAUAUCCUGGUGUACAAACAAGUCCCAUUGAUUGUUCAGGCCCAUAUAACACUUAUAAAUGCCUUUUUACAGCUCCUUCUAAGGUUGACAUUUGCUGUUAUUCUUGGGCGUAAACGGAUUUUUUUCUUCUUCUAUAUAUUUUAUUCAAACGCUUGUCGUUUGGUACACCAGAAAAUUCUUAUUUGUGAGAAGAAACGUCCAUAAAUUAUACCGAAGCCUAUUUACAUUUAGCAAAUAGAACAAAAUAAAACGAUUACACUUUAUUUUCUCUUUUUAUUAUAUUUGAUGGCGCAAAUACUAUAGUAUAAAUAAAAUAAAUACAGAUUUUAUAGCUGCAAUGAUUUAUGUUACUGCUGGUAGAUUUCGACACAGAGUAUUGUUUAUAGCAUUUUGCAUUAGGAGUAGAAUACACUUCAUUAAAACAUAGAAAAUUAUUAUAUUAAUAGGUUACAGACUUGUGUAUCUGUUUGUGUGUGUGUGUGUGUGUUUGUGUGUGUGUGAAAGAGAGAGAGAGAGAGAGAGAGAGAGAGAGAGAGAGGACAGGUAAUUACUGAAAAUACACAAAUUUAGCCAAAUGUAUUAGACAUUUUUUUUCAAUUGUAUUCAGACAUAAACUUGGUGUUAUCAAUGUAACAAAUGAAUCGCUUUUGCCAGCGAUUUUAAGUUGGAAACAUAUAAAUUGAGAAUAAGCAACGUUUAAAAAAAAAGGAGAGAAGCAUUUAAAUCUAGAGUGUGUUAAAGAGACAGUCGCUUGUCUUCUGCUAUAGUUUAGAUUCCCCAUUGUUCUCAAGAGCCAAUUCACAGGCAGAGAUUUCUCAGUGACAGAUUUAUGAUGCCCAAUAAAACGCAGCUUGUUUAAAUUCCUAAAUCAAUCUCUUUUUCUCAUUACAUAAACUUACCUUUUAUCUACCUCAAAAAUGCUUUGAAGCUCUCACCCACGAAUCUAACAGCUCCCUUUGGGUCCAUGCAAUCUCCAUGUCCCUUUAAAGGAAGAUUGUGUUUUUUUUUCUUUUGUUUUGUUUUGCUCUUAGCACGCAAUCGAAUUAUUUCCCUUGUUUACACUAUGUUGAUCUGGGGUACAUUUUUAAUGUCGAAUAAUAUGCACUAUUUCUUACAAAUAUUGCAUUGCUCCUACAUGGGGUUAUUCAUUAAAUCGUGGUAUUCUGAAAGCACUUUAGGGCUGAAAUAUGGUAAUAAUGUGAUAUUUUUGCAUAAUUAUUAUUUUUGGUCUUGUAGUAGUUCUAUUCAAUUAACCAGCAUUUAACAAAUAAGCCAUCGUUAGAAACUGUAGCAAAUACAUUAUAGUCAAUUUGAAGGAUCAGCUUAAUAUUAUGUGAGCCUCUUGUUACACUUUGUAUCUGUGAGCAGUGUGAUGCAGACAUCAGAACCAUAUAGAUUCCAUUAGUAAUAUAUAUAUAAAGGUAUACACGGUCCAUUAAUAAACUAAAUAAGCACAAAAAAAAAAGUUAAAAAGAAUUUUAAGGAAUUUUAUGUGUCUGCAUUGAUCAGACCAGCAAUUCACUGGCUAACAGACUGAUCUCUGAACAAUGUAUACAAUAUGAAGUCAAAUUACAGAAUUGAGUUUAUAUCUGAGGUUGUAUGGAAUUAUGAGAGGUAUAGAUCUGAGGUCUCCAACACCUUUAUAGAAUUAAUCUAAUCCUGGAGAUUCAUAUUUAUACCUAUAGAUAUAUGUGAUAUAUAUAUAUAUAUAUAUAUAUAUAUAUAUAUGCACAAUAUAUUGCUAUACACUAUACUGGGUGUUUUUGUGGAAGGUCAUAGUGGUCCACAGUGUAUGAAAGUGAGACCCCCUCCCCCCCUCUCUCCUUGGUCACGUGAUUCAUUAAAUAAUUAAUGCAGAGGUUGCAGGAUAGAUAUGUAUUCGUCAGUAAAAUCGCAGACAUGGUCUCCUUGUGUCUGACGUGAAAUUCAACUGUCCUUAAAAAACAGCCUAUAGCAGAGAAAGAGAGGGAGAGAGAAAGAAAGAGAGAGGGAGAGAGAGGCUGCAAUAAAACAAGUGGGAUCAGAGCCACUCUGUGGGCUGGAUUAUUGUAAGUAUCAGGGAAUCCCUGUGUCUGUAUGUGUGUGUGUCCAUGUAAAUUUAUUGUGUCUUAUUAAUGUUAUUGUCGUAAACUGUGACAAAUAGGGAUCUUCAUUUCCUGCCAUUCCUCCUCACUUCGUGCUAUGUGUGUUUAUACCCAUAGAGACAUGCAGACAGAAUUUUCACAUUUCUCCCCAUACACUCCUUUCUUGAUUUACGACAAUAAGGAUGUCAGCACUGUGCUGCUGCCAUUGUGUGUUUGUGGGAGAGUUGUGUUGUUUAUGAUGCUGUCUGCAGUGAAUCAUUUUUCAGCAUCAGUUGCUGAUCAUAAUCCAAAAUGGAAACAUUUCAGACUUUUCUUAUUUAUUUUUUUCCAUCCACCCUAUUCAGGAUCACUUGCAAUAAAACAGCAGCUAAUAGGGAAUUAAGUAGCCAAGGGGUCUCAUGUUACAGCUUAGCAUGUAUUAAAGGGUGGAGCUCUCUGCUAUUAACUUUAAACUAUGGGGGUACUCCAGGCACUGAAAGUGCAGGAGAGAGACUUUACAAUGGUACAUAGCGAUAUCUCACGCUGAAUCCCCCCCUAACAAGAAAGGGUUUCAGACAUACUCAGGGGGUGGGUGAGGGGUUGUGUGGAUUGUAAAGUCUACCUAAACAUCCAGCAACAUCUGCCUGGAGAUUGAUGGAAAUAGUCUUUUUUAGGACUAAGAAGAAAUACAUGGGAUUAAAAAAGUUAUCAUGAAUUAGUAUAGUAAAAAAACAAAACGUGUUAUUGUCUACUAUAGUAACUAGAUAUAUGUACACUCAUAUGAGAAAACAUUAAUCUGUAUAAAGGGUUUUUGAGUUUUUCAGUAUGUGUGUGUAAAUAGAUUGUUGUUUAUUCUUAGCAGUGUUUAAUUGUUUCAUUGUUGAAUCCUGCAAGUCGCCUUUAAGAGCAAUGUUACAUAGCAAUGAAUAUACACUACAUUGUCCAUGAUUGCCAAAGCAUCCACUCUUAAAUAAAUGCUUUCGAAGACAUGUUGAUUGCUAAUUAAUGAGUUAGGAAUUCUAGAUGACAUAUCUGGCGUAUGAGUUAUAUUUAGAGAAGCUUCCUUUUGCCAUCAACCCAUCCACAUAGACAAUGUAUUUUUUUCCCAAACACUAGGCUACAGAGGACUUUGGACCCUGUCCACUCAUACAGUCAGUCUGUCUAUAGAUUGUGUAGCCCAGGUACCUUUGUUUGUAGGACAUCUCUACAUGUAUAAUACUUGGCCCGUUCUUAAUAAGAAAAGUGUAUGAUUAUUUCAUAAUGAAAUAUUUAUUGUAUACUUGUGAAUGCCAUAUGUGUGUAUAUUCAGUUUAUUGAAAUAUAUUUAUAAAAUAGAGUUUUAUCUGGUUUCCAAAAUAGAUUAAUUAAAUGUUUAUUAAUCACUGGCUAUCAGAGUUAAACAUAACAACAAGGCAAGAGUUAUUUUAUACUCUGUGUUUGUGUGUGUGUAUAUAUAUAUAUAUAUAUAUAUAUAUAUACACACACACACACACACACACACACACACACACACAUAAUUUCUUUUCUACUCUUUCUAUUCUCUCUCUCUCUCUCUCUCUAUCUAUCUAUCUACACACACACAGACACACAGACACAGACAGACACAGUAUAAAAUAACUCUUGCUUUGUUUCUAUAUUUAACUCUGAUAGCCAGUGAUUAAUAAACAUUUAAAUCUGUUUGAUUCCUAAAUAUAUUCCUUUGGACAUAUUUAAUGGUUUAAAUAGUACAGGAGACAAAGAGCUUCCUUGGGGGCAGAUCCCUGAACCACAGCUCCUUAUUUCACAGCUAAAUGUGAAUUCUCUGAAAUAUCUCUCAUAGCACCAGGUACUAUCACUCUCUCUGUAUCUACCAGCAGAGCUGAAUUAUACAUUCCAAAAAGAAUUCCAGGAAAUAUAUCUCCCCACCACCUCGGAUAAAUCUCAGCCAAAUAUGCUCUGUUUAUUGCCAUCAGCAAAGACCCACAUUUUAUACACUGAAAACAGGUAAUUCUUUAAAUCAGAAAUUGUAGUGAAUUGAAAACCAAAUUGAAGCAUUUUAGGUAAAAAUAAUUGCAGAUUUUCAGAAAUUUUCCAACUCAAUUAUGAUCACAGUUUGGCUGUUUCAUACUAUAUUCUGUAAUUUGGUUUUCAUUUCCCUUCAUAUUGGGGUUUAGUGUCAGUUGCAAAAGUCUAUGACUUCUCAAUGCAAUAAGAAAUGAAUAUAUCUGAUAUUAAUAAAUCGUGCAUGUAAGGGAAAAAUCAUCCUCUUGAAUACCCUUCUAACUAUAAAUAUAUUUUAAAACAAAAUUAAUGCCAUACACAAAAAUCAUCUGCCAUGCAAUUAUAUAUAUUCCCUUAAUUGGAAGACGGAUUUGUAUUGUUAUUAAUUGUGCAUAAUGAUAUAUAUAUAUAUAUAUUUGUUUUUAUAUUUUUUUAAAUUGAAAUGUCCCUGAACAAUAAUGCAUGUGUGUUUGUGUUUGUUUAGUACGUGUGUGUGUACACAAAUGCAUUGUGUUCAAGGGUUAGUUAAGGGUUAGCUCUUAUCUCCUCGCUGAGCUGCAAAAAGUCUCAGUUAGAAAUCAGAGUCUCCUUUUCUCUUCACUUUAACACUUUGCUUCUCCAAGAUCUGCCAAAAGUUGGGGAGGUGACAGUCUUAACGGAAAUUGUAGCAGUGAUUUAAAACACAGGAGUUACAAAAGCAAGGAACACACAUGGCUGUUUGAAAAAAUCACUUCAAACAAAGAUUCAAACACAUACUCUACAAUUCAACACAGAUACAGUAUGUGCCAAUAUGUCAUUCUCUGCCUCUCCUGGCAUCUUCACCUUGUGUUAACAUUGAAUCCAACAGCUGCAAUAGCGCAGUAUACUAUUCUCUAAAAUCAACAUAGAUCUUGCACUGAGCAAAAAGACAUGGGUUUUCAUGCUCACACAAGGGGAAAUGGGAGAACACAGAUGGAGAGAAGCAAUGUCCUUUAUGGAAAGAAACCUCAGUGUGCUUUAGACUAGAGAACAUUUUUGAGGCUAUUCACUAAACGAUAAGUUGUGGUGACUUGAAAGCCGACGCCUUUAAGUAUAAUUAUCCGAACGGAUUGUGCUGAAAUGGGGACAAAUUCGUCAGUUCAACCACUAAACAUUGAAAACUGAUUUGCUAACAUUAGACUAAAACUGCUUGAUUUAAAAAAAAAAAAUUCUCCAAUUCGCCUAUUGUGUGGCUAAUCUAGCCUAAAUUAUGCGAUCUGAGUUUCAUUUUAAGAAAGACUCACUCUUUGAAUAAACCAUCAAGUUGUUUUUUUUCUUAUACACUUUCUCCAGCCUAAAAUUUCCAAGCUGUAAUUUAUUAUGUUUUAAAUGUCAUAACUCUCUAUUUCGUGAACAGAAUAUUAUGUGUACUACAACUUUAUUUCAGGAUGCUAAACUGUUUGUUGUAUAUCGUGCGAUCAGUAAACUCACGCAGAUAUUUAAAUUAAUUAAAUUAGAUAGAUGUUUAAAUGAAAUAGUACACUUCAUAUAUAUAUACAUAUGUGUGUGUAUGUGUACUAUUUAAUUUAUAUAGCUAUAUAUAUAGGUUUUCUGCAAACCCCACACAAGCUCCUAGAAUCUAGUUUAAAUUGCUAAAACCACAUGCAACAUUUUAACAUUUAAAAAUAAAAGCAUAUCAAUGAAAUCACAAUAAAAAGGAGGCCUUUGAAAUGUCUCCAAUUUAUCCUGCACAUAAAGGAAAUGUUUGUAGAGAGUGCCCCUGCUUUCCUGGGGCUACCCAGCGAGGAAAUGGCUAUUGAAAUAUCCUAUUUUGCUGAGAAUUGGCUUCCAUUAGAUUCCCUGUCUCAGUAUUAUUACUGCAGCCUGCAGCUAAGCGGAAUAUUUUACCAAGCGCUUCAUCUGCUCACAAACGAAAUCCGAGAACAACCACAAGUUCCUCAGUGACCUUAAUGUAAUUGAUUUUAUCAUAAAUCAUCAAUUUGAUGAAGAAACAAAGUUUUCAUUGAAGUAAAUUGAUAUUAAUGGACUUUUUUGGGGAAAUUCAAACUACCUUUAUUGUUGUUUUCGACCAUACUGGAGCGAUUUAUAUAUAUUUUUUUCUGCUGUGUUAAAAAAAAUUGCCUUAUUAAAACGUGCUUCCUGGAGGAAGGGAAUAAAACGCUUUAAUUGAGGAUGCAAUUUCUAUUUUUUCUAUAUUGCUUGCAGUGAAAUAAUCCACAAAGAGACGGAUUAUUGCAUGAGCAUGGAUCUUACAAUCAAAAGAUACAUGGCAUAUAGAGAAUGGCUUUGGGAAUAAUUAUAAAUACAUAUAUAUAAAAAAAACCUGUGUUAGCUGGGAUCAAAUCAUUAUCUCCAUAUAAUGGCAUAGGUCGAAUUUAGAGUCAAUACUUGUGGCUUUCACUAGUUCCAAAAUAGCCAGGGGUGUGACCCCGGUUUUAAGGGCCUUGAAGAAGAGAAGGUCUUACAAUAAAGACAUUGAGAGUUCUGUUAAAUAUUAACAGGCCAAUUAUUUUCACUAGUGAUUAAACAUUAACUGUCAAAAAAGAAAAGAAGAAAUUGUUUCUAAGGGAAGGUUCUAGGGAUUAGUUUUAGAAUGCUAAAAACGAACAUAUACGGUAAAAACAAUAAUAAACUUUAUAUAUAUAUGUAUAGUCACUGCUGUGUGAAAUAUGGCUGGAGGGAGGGUUUCACAACUUUUACCAUUUAACUAUUAGACCGAUAUAUCGAAUUCCGGUUUGAACUGAGACACAUUGGAAAAUAUUGUUGCCAUAGGGGAAAUAUUAUUUAUAUAACAUUAAAGCGUGUAAGAUAGAUAUUAGUUAUUAUGUUACUUUGUCCCUCUGGCUUUGUUUUCUGUGUAAAGUGGAAUUCAAUAUUUCGGUCAAAAAUUGAGAAAGCCUUCAGCUGUUGGAGGGUUAAUAGCACAUCCGUGUCUUUAUUAAGGUAAAGACAUUUAGAAUUUGGAAUCUUCUUGUCUUGGGAUUUCUUUCAUUGUUUGCCCCACAUCGCUCCUGUGAAGCCAAAAGCCACCCAUCUCAGUGGACACCCAUAAGGAGGAGAAGAUAUCAGCUAUCAGGAAUGGUUCUGGAUCCAGCUUGGAAGUGGUAGGAGAUAAUCGGGGAAUUGUAUUUGACUGGGUUAAACAUGAAGCGUGGGUGUGAGCCAGCCCACCUCCUCUUAGACCCUCCAGCAAAGUGCAGAGUAAGGUUAUCACAUUGAAGGGAGAACAGAAGACUCACAGCUCUCACCUAAUGCUACACUUUGAAGAGCAGGUCCUACAAGAAGUUGGAAUUUUAUCGCCUCUCCUGUCCUCUCCACAUUCCAGACUGGGCUCACCACAUGGGUUUCAUCCACUUUCAAGUAGCAACCCUGGGCCAUAAGACGAUAACUGCUUGGCAAGACCAUCUACCCGCAAGAGGUCUGGAACAAUGAGAGUUUGGAGCUGCCGGUCAGAGAAGAAGUUAGUAGUUCAUCUUGAUUACAGUUUGCAACGUUCCAUCGCCAUGGUCAUUCUAGAAUGCUGGUCAGAACUAUCCUGCAAAGUUGACAACAAAUGUAUCCAAAUGUCCCUUGACCCAGGCUACCAGCAAUGACUCAGGAGAGGUGACCUCCGAGAGAAUUCUGGGAGAAGUCACGCAGGCUAAGGGCAGUUAAAUAUUAGUAAACACUUGGAGCCAUUUUAACUUCCUGGUGAGUUAACUUUUUAGAAGAUGCAUUGAUAUUACAUUAUUGGCAUUGUGGCAUGAAUUUCUUAUCCUAAUAUAUUUGAUAUAUAUAUAUAUUCUCUACUAAAUUAUGUGAUAUGCAUAUUAUGUGAUAUAUAUAUUAUGUGAAAUAUAUAUAAAUAUAUAUUCACAUCAUUUAGGAGAGAUGUGGAAAAGUGAACAUUUAGUAAAUGUAAAGGGUUACAGUAUCAUCACGAUUGCAUGGUAUUGGUUUUUUAUUCAGAUAAUAUAAUAUUAACGUGCCUUAUUUAAUUGGAAGCCAGUCACCCAGCUCAGUAAUAUUUCUAUAAUCUAUAGAUUUGGGAAUCACCUCAUUUUAGUCUGCAGUAAUAACGUUAUCUUUAAUCUAGCGAGAAAAUUAGUAAUUAACUGACCUGGCUGCCUGUUUGGUGGACUAUUGCCAGGGCCUCGUGUUAUGAAGAAUAUAUGGCUAGAGGCCUCAUAUUCUGGGAGGUCAUGGUGAUUUGUGACGGUUUUACACAGGAAAAAUGUGCUAAUAACAUUUAAAGACCAGUAACUCACACACUGAAAGGGGAUUAUAUAUGAGGGUUGAUAUAUAUCCCAGCUCUAGCUCCCAGUACUGCACAGACCACGUGCCUCCAGCAAUUUAUACAUGUGUCAUUAUUAAUAGAAAGGAGAGAGUUUUUUUUUAAUGUGUCGAUUGCAUUUAUUUUUGUGUGUUUUGUUAUUUAACCCUUUUCGCGAAUAUCCAUAUUGGUAGGUAAUGGGGGGAAAAAAAUCAUAGACACAAAAAGUGUUUCUCACCAAAAUAAGGGAAAAUAAUCUACUGCUAUGACAUUGUCGACGUUUCGAUCUAAGAUUAAAGGAAAUUCACUUCAUCAGAGUCAAAUAGUGGGGCAUUUGAGUUAGACGUUUCUGGGUUUAAAAGAUUCUUAGUAGAUAUGUAAAUCACCCAAACAAACCAAUAAGUGUAUAAAUACAUAACUGAGUAAAAUAAAAUGUUGCUUGCUCGGUGUGUAUAGAGUACAAUAAAGCACAAAACAGAUUGUAUAAAUAUCACUUUAUUUUAUGUGUAUAUAGGAUGUGUCUAUUAGCUGCGGUAAAGCGCAACUCACAUCAGGCUGAGGCAGCACAAGGCACGGUUGGAUCAUGAGUUUAAAGCUAAAAAGAUGUUGUUAUCGAAACGUUUGUGCGGGUUGGCACUUAUAUAAACGCUACAAACUUGGCAACUAAAAUGCAUCUAAAAGCAGUCACUGCAUGACGAGUUGUGGCGAGUUUAUAACUAACUUGAAAACUUUAAGGGAACAUGACUUGGGGAAAAAACUGCCAUUUUUUUUCCCUCCAUAAUAGUAGAUUGCUUUUUUUAUUGCGUAUUUUUUUUCAUUCGGUUGUUUACUCACCACAACAUUUUCAGGGUUAUUUAGUAAAUUAAGAAUUUAAAGAGAAUUUAAAAUGUAAGGCCAGAUUAGGCAAACUGAAAGCUCAGCUGUUUACCUUUUAAUUUAGAAAUGAUGCACAUGCAAACUAACAUGGUUAUUAACUUUUAGAGAAUUUUAAAUUUAAGGUCAAAAUAGCCGAGCUGGAAAAAUUCUCUAAGUCAGCCAUGCUUUCAAUUCGACUGCUCUGGCCUGAAAUGUGAAAUUUACUUUGGAUUUUCACGUUAGUGAAUACACUUAUAUAUUAUUUGCUUCUGUGAUAUCAUUCAAGAAGUACAAGCUAAAUGAAAUGACUAAAGAAACAGCAGUGAUUACUAAUAAACUAUUUGAUAUAGUCACUCCCUGAGACAUACACAGACAUAUAACUUAUGUUCUGCUGAUAUUGAAAUGUCUGAGGGUUUGUAUGUUUCCUACAAAUUGUCUGGGCGCUGUUUAUUCACUAACAUCACAUGGUAUAAUAUAAUAUUUAUCGCCUUCUUCCUACAGAAAAAGUAACCCGCUUCAUCUUGAAACGUGAUAUUUGUUGGAGAAGACAAUUAAAGCGGUGAGUCCUCACAGUUAAUUCUAAAUAUUUAGCCCAUGCACAAUGUCAAUUAUUCCAAACACUAUGGUUAUCCUGCGAUGGUCAUGAUGUCAUUGAUCACUCCAGGUUGAUAUUUGCAAUGAGUUAAUGUAGCUGGCCCACUCUGUUUGUGUACAUAAAGUUUCAAUAUGAGCAGAAACACUUGAAGAACAGGAGGUUUGGCAUUUGUGAAGAGAAGUCACACCUCUGGCAGCUGUGCUGAUACAAACCUCUUUUUGGUGACAAUACAGCCGGGUCCACUUUGUAAUCAUCAAUGGACCUAAUUUACUCAAGUAGCAAAGCCAUUAAAGGUUGAGGCCAAUACUGUUUUAAGUGUCUUUCUUUAGAUAAAAAGUUGAAAUCAGUCAGAGUUUCACUAAACACAGUUGCACAUUGAAAUUAGCAGUUGGCAGUAGGCAAAAGUAGGCCAAAUAGCACAACUGGCAAAAAAAAUGUGCAGAAUAGAUUAGUUGCAGAUUUAUUUAUUUUUUUCCAAUUCUCCAUUUUUUUGCUUCUUUGUGCUUCUUUGUUUUUAAGUUGGCUAUUGUAUGGCUGCAAUUCACAUUCAAGUGAAUACAUUACAGUGACUUAUUGUAAACAUGUAAACACUGAAUUUAUUUUUCUUUUAUUAGAACUAAAGAGUGAGUUGUGGUGUCCUAAAAAUUACUUCCAAAACAGAGACUGCCUGAUUUUGAUACAGUUCCAAUGGAGGAAGGGGGGGGGGGUCUCAAUCUAUAAAAACUAAUUAUUUGGUAAAUAAACUCCCAAAUCCUUUGAAUACCUUAAGGGACCCAGACAUGCAGAGGUAUGCACCUCAUUGUGUGCAGAACAGAUAUGUUGUUGUACAUACAACAUGUCUUUGCCAUGCUGCUUGAUGUGAUUUACACAACACAUAAUGAAUUACCAUAGGUAUGAUGCAUCUUACAAUGUGAUACUGUAGUAACACAUUCCACCCAGUUGGCAGCCUAACACAAUUAUGUUAAACAUGAAAAUACACAGUACAAUAAGCAUAGAACAUAAACACAUAAAAAAAAAAAAAAAACAUAUUUCAACAGAAGUCAUAAGGCAUUGGAACAUCUACUAAGUUUAUAUUUUAUUCUUUAAGAAAGCAGUAUGUAUGUAACAGGCUUUAUUGAAAUGUUGCAUUUUAUUAUUCUCUACCACCUCUGCUGGAAACCUCGACCACCCAUCCACUACUCUUUAAAAAAACACCUGAUAUUGAAAUGAUAGCUUUAAAUCUGGCAAUUUAUAUGUACAAAAUAAUUUUCAUACAGUUCCCCCCUUGCAUUCAGCUGUCCAUCAUCUUGGUCACACUUGCAUGGGUUUCUGCAGAAAUUGGCACACUAUUUUGGCAAAUAUUUUGGAAACGUUUUGGAAGACUGUUAAUGUUUCUCUGCUCUAACCUACUAUAUAUAAUGCUUCAGGAUCCCUUGAGAUGCAUUGUUAUGUUACCUUGCAUAGCAUGGUGUAUUAUAGAGAGGACUAUAUUAUAUACAUACACCUACUAGGAAUGACAAUGCACAUUUAUAUACAAUAAUAAUAAUAUUCAAUGGUGCUUAUAAUAAGCAAAGGAACACAUGGUGCAAUACAGAGUGAGAUCUAUCUUUAAAAUACAAAUAUGUAUCAAAUGACCUUAGGGGAUAAGUAACUAAACAGUGUAUUGUCUUGAGUUGACAAGUACUUUGCAAAACUUAAGCCAAACUAUGGUAACUAAGGCCCCCAUAAGCUUUUCAAAUGAUCACAGUCUGUUAGAAAAAAACUUUCCAAAUGAUUUCUUUACAGAUCUCACUAAUAAAGACUAUUGUUUUUUUUCUGUAGAUAAGUCAAAACAAAGUUAUUCUAACACAUUGUGAUCCUAAGAAAAGCUUUUCCAAAAAAUAGGCCUAACUUGGUAAAAAAAAAAACUCAGUUUCAGCCAAACUCACUAUUCAAUAUAUAGAUCUUGAAAUAUAUAUAUACAUGCUCUUUAGGGGCAUAUGGUGUACAUGCAUUUGUACACUGACAUAGUAUAUUUUAUAGAGAAUUCUGACACAGUAACAUAAAAUUACAUAUAAUAAGCAUAUGUAGAAUAUUUUUUUUUAGGUUCAUACUUAGAAGAAUAUAUUACACAAUAUGCAGUAUUUCCCUACUGUAGCCAAUAUACCAAAUAUAUUAUAUUAAUACAGUAUAUACUAUUUUAGUAUAGUUAGUGUAUAUAAUAUUUCUGACAUAAAUAUUAUCCAUCACAGUAUAAUUGCAAAUAUAUAAGCAAGCAUAGUUCAGGUAAGGCAUAGCAUGAUAAUGUAUAAAAUAUACAGUGAAUAAUUUGUGUAGAACCAUCUACUGUGACCACAGAUAAGAAUGGAAUUGGCCUAUCAUGUCUGCUUAUAAUGAAUACCUUAUGCACAUUCCAAACAUUGCUGAAUUCCUGUACUGUACAAGCUUUAACUACUUCCACUGGAAGGCUGUUCCUGGUAUCUACAACCCUAUCUGCAAAUUGCUAUUUAUCUCACAUUACUCAUCCAGUUUCCAAUAGAUGGAUGGACAGAUUGCAAUAUGGUUUGACCACUUUGUAAAUGAUAAAAGGUUAGCAGAAAUAUAUUGUGUGGAAACUUCAAUGCCAUAGACUUGAGUGUUUUCUUAACAGAUGCAAACUAGGUUCAAAAGUAGAAAUAAUGUACCUGACCGAGAAUAUAAUGGAAUAAUGUUAUUUUAUCGAGUUUAAUAAACAAUUUUAGGGGAGCAAGGUAAUGAGUAUUUGAUACAUGAUUUAUAGAACACCCACCCAAACUGCUAGUUUGUGAAUAUUUAAAUAUAAUGGCUUUUAUUGUGACUGGUAAAUAAUCUACUUUUAGAUUUGUGCAAAUAAUUAGCUGAGAUGGACCUCACUAAAUUGCCUGAUCUGGAGAAUUUUAUUUACAACAUUGUUAUUUUGUUUACAUUACUGCAAGUUGGAUUAAGGUCAUCACAAUUCACUGUUUAGUGAAUAAAACCCUUUUGUAUGUUAAAAAAGAUUUAUUUCUUAUUUUGCUAUUUUGUUUAAAAUCACUGUUUAGUAAAUAAACCCCAAUAAAAUGAAUUCUGAAUACAUCUCUGCUUCUCAUCUUCAAUUAAAAAUGGUAAAAUGGUACAAUGGUACAGUGUAUAUAUCUCCAUGUGAAAUGAAGGAGGUGCCAUUCUGCAAUGUAACAAGUUUUGUUUAUUUGAAAAACUCCUCGGAACUAUUAGUUUGCAUUUCUGUAUACAACAAGAAUAAAUUGGAGAAACAAAUGACAGGUUGCAUUGCAUCUUUCAGAUCUGCCCCCUGCCUCUAAAAUGAACUAAACCAUUUUUUUUAACCAUGUGGUUCCAGGGAGGACUUUUUUUGAAACUUGCAUAGGUGCCAUCUGGCAGUGAAUGGGUUCACGUUUGUGAGAUGGGAGUUUAUACACUGCUACUGACAGACCCAUAAAUCUUCCCUUUCAGUCACCCAGUUACCAGGGAAAUCCUACAAUCUAACUGGCUCCUCCUGUUACUUUUACACAUUUCCUCCCAGGCUCUCAAAUUUCUUUUUUUACAUUAUGUAUAAGGAAAAUUAAAUACAACAUAAUUAUUAUUUAAAAAUAAAAAAAAAGAAAGAAAAAAAAGGCAAUAUGCAGUGUGAAUAGUUAAAAAAAAGAAUCAUGAAUAAUACAGAAUCAUAAAAUUACUCAAGAUACAAUGUUAUGUAGAGUGUAUUUCUAAGAGUAGGCUCCCCCCCCUCCCCUUUAAGCUUUUCCAAAAUACCUAAAAACAGAUAAUUUCAUGUGAUCUACUCAAAUUUGUUUUCCUGAAGUAAAAUAUGGUGAAAUUACACCGAGAUGUGACCAACCCCUGUGAUUAAUUUGCAAGUUAUUGAUGAUUUGUUUUAAAUUAAUAUUAUUUUUAAUUCAUUUGAUUUUAUUUAUAUAAUGUAAGAGUCAAUGAUUAACCCUUUCCUCCUUUAAGAGAUCUCCAACUUAUUACAAAGGCAACACCCCUUCCCAUAUAGGCAUCAAAGGGGUUAAUCUUUAAGCAAAUGCUGGGAAAAGGCUACACAAGACCUCCUGGAAGAAAAAGCCGGAAUAUAACACACAGAGUAGGUGAGAUCAAACGGUGUAUUAGCAUAGACUGGCACCUAAUUGAGCAGUAGGAAGAGAUUCCAAGGCUAGGCCUCUGUCCACGUCUGUAAUUAGCAUAAUCCCUCAGUGGUGACGCUGUGUUUAGAGCAAUAACAACCGCUGACUUGUAGUGUAAAAAGCAAAUGGUGAAUAUUUUUUUUUGUUUUUGUAAUUAUCUCGUCGCAUUUGCCGUGGAAUUUUGACGCACCGACCGUUCCUUUGCGCGGAUUCUGCGACCAUUUGUGCGCCUGGGAUCUGAGGCCAUUGUUAGCAGUGAGUAGGGCGGUGUGUAGGGGCAGCCUAGAGGCUCAGCUUGUCCAUUGAAAGCCCUGAGAUUAGCACGGAUUCUCUCCCAGCUCUGCCUGCCACUGGAGCCUCUUCUUUCCCUCCCUCCCCUGGGCUCCUGCCUGGCUCCUGAUGGUCCAUACCAGGCUGCCAGGGGGACUCUCUGCCUAUUGAUUGCCCUGGAUGUGGAUAGAUAGGAUGUCUGCUUGUGGUUUGCUCGUCAGAGUCUGCUAAGGUAAGCUGGACCCAAAUAGUCUAUCAGUGAAUGGCGGAGUCUCUGUCCCAGUGAUUUAUGACCAUAUGACUGGGAUCUCGGUUCAAGAAGAGUUCACACCAGCCUUAAGCUCUCCUCCAGUCACAGAGUUUCUUCCAUUCUUGGUUGCUCAUUAUACAUCUAUUUGUUGCAAACUGCUUAUGUGAAAUAUCACAAAAUGUAGCACUGUAUGCAUUUUCACCUUAAUUCCUGCAGUCAGACAGCCCCCAUAUCAAGGUGCCUUCUAGUCUGCCUAUUGUCUCAGCCUGGCUAAAGCUAUGUGCUCUCAAAAAUGAAAGUAUGUGUUUUUCGCCAAUACUGUGCAGAACUAGAUUUGUAUUUCGUUAUGUUUGUUUUAGAUCUUUAUAUUCUUGUUUGUAGUUAAUAUGUUGCCGUCACUCUUAUACAUAAAUUCUGCUGGUUUUGUUACUGUUCUACGAUUUCUCUAUUCACCACUUUCUAUAUUUACAACAAGAAUUAUUUAACAACAGCAUCGAAUAUUUAUGUUUUAAAAUAUUGCCAGUUUAUUAAUUCAGUCUGUACAUUUUUAUUUUCUUUUUAACUUAUUUUCUCUGAUUUAAAAAAAAAUGAAAUGAUUGUUAAAUUGUGGAGAAUUUAGAUAUGUUAUUAAAAAAACAGAGAGAUAUUGGAUCUAAAAUAAGAAAGUGCUCAGAUAAGGCAAGAGUCAACUAAUUGGAACACCAUAUCAUUUAAUAUUUAUUAUUCAGGUAGAGAUUUUUUUUUUUUUAACAAUUCCUUGGAGUAAAUAAUUAGGAUUUGGACAAAGAUAAAUGAGCGACAUUUGUGACGUGUUGAGAGAUGAGCUGGAAAACCUGUUCAGGGCGAUCUCCCUUAGCUCUCUCCCUGCUUUUUAAAAUGGGAACUUAUUAUAAGAUCAAAACAGUGUUAUACCCCCAGCCUAAGGAAGAAAGGGAAGUAAAAUAUAACUGGAGGAAUUAAUGAAAGCAACAAGGCCUCAGAUUAUAUAACACCCCAUGUACUGCCGGGGGAUAUUGUACUUUAUCGGUAAUUUUAUGUACACUUACAUACACACACACACACACACACAUAAAUGUAUUUUUUUAUAUGAGGCCUUGUUUUAUAUAUAUAUAUAUAUAUUUAUAUAUAUAUACACACACACACACACACACACACACACACACACACAGAUAUAUAUAUAUGUGUGUGUGUGUGUGUGUGUGUGUGUGUGUAACUAAAAUUGCAGUGAUAUAAAUAUAUAUAUAUCGCUAAUAUUUUAGUAAUUUUAUAUAUACACCCCCUAAAAUGUCCAUACAAAAAAAAAAAUUUAUAACUAUGCAAAUUUAUACAUAGAUGUUUGUGGUUUAAUGCCUGAUUAAAUAUACAUUCAUAUAUAGGAAUUACUCGAAUAAUUUUAAAUUGUAAAACUAUAUAAAGAUAGAUUAAUAUAUUUAUGCUAGAAUGCACAUAAUAUGUGAGUUUUAAUUUAAAUUUUAUUAAAUCAGAACUUAAUGUAAAUAUUUAUAUUUAAGAUACUUUUUUGAAUGAUUAAUUUUUUAUUUUUUUUAAGGGCAUAAGCUUAGUGAAGUGGAGGAAACAUCGAUAAAUGUAUGACUUAAAUAUGUAAAAAGAGACCUAAAUAUAGAGUUAGAGAGAGAGAUAGAUUUCAGAAGAAGCUUGCAGAUAGCUCCCAGGCUAGAAUACAAAGAUAAAUUCAUUUGUGAUUUCUGGUCCUGAAGAAUAAAGGGAUCUGUGGAGUUGUUUGAGAUCCUCGGCUCCUGGUCUGACCCUCAUACAUCAUAGCUCUGGGUACAGGACAGCAGCUAUUAUCCUGGAUUCUUGGGCUAGAGUUGAACGCUCCGGGCAGGGAGCAUUGCGAGUUUUUCUGGUUUAAAGAUAAUUUUGUUUAGUUAAACCUCCAACAGCAUAGAGAGACAUUAUUUAUUUACACUAUUUUAUUUAUUUAUUAUAGGGGGAAAGAGGGGGGAGAGCGAGGGGGAAGGUGUAAUAAUUUACAGUGAUACAGAAUGUUCCUAGUACCCUACACUUUCUUGAAAUAUAAGUAUCUAAUUUAUAAAAUACUUGUAAUUGUGUAUAGUAGAUCUAACAAACCAUUGUCAAAUUAAGUAGAAUUACAGUGAUAUAGUGAUGCUUGGAUUCCAUAAAACACGAAUUAGUAAAAUGUAUAUAAAUAUUCAAAUAGUAUUAUGUACAAUCCAUGAACAUAGAAUUUGUGCAAGAAAAACAAAUGUAACAUUUCAUGCACUGGUUAUAAUUAUUCUUAGUGCAAUAUGUAAGUAGACAUUAAAAGUAAUAGUAACAAUAUAUAUAUAUAUAUAUAUAUAUAUAUAUAUAUAUAUAUAUAUAAAUAUAUAUAAAUAACUGAUUUACAAGUUCAAGCCAAUAAUGCUUUUAUUUUGUUUUGUUUCAAAUAUCUUAGGUCAUUCCUAAAACCACACAGAGGAUACCAGUGCCAGGUGACUGUGGGGUGCCAAUGUUAUUCUGUAGGGGUGGGGACACCCUCCGACUUGGUGACAACACGAUUUGGGGAACCAGGAGAUGCAGAAAGCAUCCUACUAUGACAAUCCCACGCUGUUUGGAGGUUACCCCUAUCAAGCGGGCACUUUGGGGUAUGAAGGCCCACAACAGUCCUUUGCAAAUUCAUCCCACCUCGACAAUGACUUUCAGCGCUCUUCUUGUUCCUUGCAAUCUCUAGGACACACUGGUCCUCUGACCAAACCUAAAAAUCUCAACGGGAGCUGUAUGCGUCCAAGUCUAUCCUCUGAGCACCACCAGCCCCCCUCUCUCUCCCCACCCCAAAUCCCCCCAGCCAGCAGUAAUAAUAACUCCACUGUCCUGCCUGGGGCCAGUAAGUCUUCUCCUGCUAAGGCCCAGUCCAGCUCCAGCCCAGCCACCAAGCAGAUCUUCCCAUGGAUGAAAGAGUCCAGACAAAACUCCAAGCAGAAAUCCAGCCCCCCCGUUGCAGGUACAUGGUCCCCUUUCUAGGUUUUUAGCACCUUCAGUGCCAGUGGUAUGCUGCUUGCAGCCCUCAAUGAACACAAGUGGUUGAAGUGACAUUUCGUUCAUGUUAACUAUAACUAUCAUUUAGGAAGUAAAACACAUACACAUGCAUAUAUUUGUUUGUGUAUAUAUAUAUAUAUAUAUAUAUAUAUAUAUAUAUAUACAUACACAUAUGUGUGUGUGUGUAUGUGUGUAUGAAAGUGUCUGUGUUUGUUGUAUUUUUUUCCCAUUAUUACUGUAAAGCUAGUUGUAUAUGUAUCUAAAUAUAUUUUGUCUCCAGUGCAUCACAUCCAGUCUGGUUCCCUAAAUCCCUAAUAUCAGGGGAAAUAAUCUAAUACAUAGAUUAACAUGAAUUUGACCACAGCCAUAUCUUGUCCAUAUAACAAACUAUAUAUAUUACUGAUCUAGUACAGUUCUUAUUUUAUUUAUUAAGUUAUUGUUCCAUAAUAUCCUUGAGAAAACGUUAUACUUCCUAUAAUAAUUAAAUCAUAAAUAAAUGUCUACCCCUGGUUGAUGAAAUCUCCAUAAGGCAGGGCAGCUAUAGAGCAGAUCUCUUAAUAAAUGCCAGGCUUUAUGAAGUGCAGACUAAUGUGGAGGAGGCCAGGUCUGGGUGCAUGUUAGAGAAUUUAUUAAGAAAUAAUGCUUUCAAUUUUCUGAGUGUAGUAAUUAUCUUCUAUUUCAUUUGAAGCGGCAGAGAGCUGCAACGGUGACAGGAGCCCCCCGGGGUCUUCAGCCUCCAAAAGAGCCCGUACAGCCUACACCAGCGCCCAGCUAGUGGAACUGGAGAAAGAAUUUCACUUUAAUCGUUAUCUGUGCAGACCUAGAAGGGUGGAGAUGGCCAAUCUGCUGAACCUCAGUGAGAGGCAAAUAAAGAUUUGGUUCCAGAAUCGCAGGAUGAAAUACAAGAAAGAUCAAAAGGUUAAAGGGAUGUCCUCAUCUUCUGGAGGGGCUUCACCAACCAGCACGCCACCCCUGAGCAUGCAAUCCUCUGCAGGGUUCCUGGGAUCUGUGCACUCCAUGAAUGCUAACUAUGAUGCCCCUUCCCCACCCCCCUUUAACAAACCCCACCAGAAUGCCUACUACCAGACCCCUGCAAAAGGUUGCCCAUCUCAACAGAAAUAUGGCAACACAGCUGCUGAGUAUGACCACCAUGGCUUACAAGGGAAUGGAGGCAGCUACGUGUCUCCCAAUAUGCAAGGGAGCCCAGUGUAUGUAGGAGGCAAUUAUGUGGAUUCUGUACCAGCACAAGGCCCUUCUCUCUAUGGUCUAAAUCACCUUGCACACCAGCCCAAUAACAUGGACUACAAUGGAGCACCUUCAAUGCCAAGCAACCAGCAUCAUGCACCUUGUGAACCACUUCCCACCUACACAGAGCUCUCAUCACACCACCAGGGAAGGAUCCAGGAGGCCCCCAAACUGACCCAUUUGUGAUUGAGUCAUAGAACUCAUCUUGCAAACUCUAGGGGGCGCUGAUCUCCUCAGGAGCACCGUGAAACACUUGUGUUGAUGUGAUAAUGUAUUUAUAAUUCAUUAUUUCCCUUAUGAUAUUUUUCCAACUAUUAAUACAGGGUUUAUCUUGCACUGUUACAUGAAGGCAUCACUCAUUCAACACAAGUGAUUCUAAAGGCUGAGUAUUUUUAAGCUGGAAAAAACCUUUUAUCAAAAACCACAUAAUAUAUGUGCAAGUGAUUGACAUUUAUUAUGUUUAAAAUUUGCUGUUCAGCUUUGUCUCCAAGCCAAUACUAGGAGUCUUCCUCGAAUUUAAAAUAGUACUCGGCUAGGUGACUCCUACAUCAUUUCCUAAAUAUCAUUUCUAGAGAUUGAGAUAAUUGCCCAGUGUUAAAGCAUUUUCCGGUCCAAAUAGGAGUAAUGCAGACAACAAACACAAAGUUGAUGAGUAGUUUUAUUUUUAUCUACAUCAUUCUGUAAAUUUAAAUAUCAUGACAAUGGUUGCAUUUGUAGUGAUAGGUACCUAGGCCUUAAGAUCAAAUGAAGUUGAGCUAUUUAGAUAAUUCUUGGAGUCUCACCACUGUGUAAAAAGUAAUGUGGGCGUCUAAAAUAGAAUUCUUCCAGUCCUAUGCUAAAAGGGCCAGAAUAAUCACUUUUUUUCCUCGUCUUAAUGUGGAUACAGGGUAUAUUUUAAAGAAGAUGUCUGCUCACCAAACCAAGCACAGUGAUUUCCAUUCAGUGUUUGCUCUCUUCGUGUAGACAUCUCGUUUGCACUUAGUUUACAUGUACUUUAUAAAAAGCAGCCUGGUGACAAGGCUUACUCAAUCCUGGAGACUACCAGGCUUGUGUGAUCUUGCAAACAGACAUUUAGUAUUGCUGCUCAUAAAACCGGUGGAAAUAUGUAUUUUUGUUUUUUUAUUUUUCUUCAUUUCUUUAAUUAUUAUUUAUCCAGCAUAUUAAUGUAUUUAUAAAAUUUAAGAAGGGAACUACUUUUUAUUUGGUAUUUUCUUGUUGGAAAAGUUGUGUUUUUUCCUGUCAUUGUAAAAAAAUAUCUAUUUAAUUCUAGUAAUUUAGAAAGAUGUUAGUUUUGUUUUCUUGUAUUCUGGAUAACGUAAUUAGUCUACAGGAGGCAUGAGAAGCCCCUUCCAAAUGUUAUUGUCCUGCCUUGAAUAGAAAGGCUGCACAAAAUCCUCGGGAGAUUGCCCCUCUCUCUCCACCUCCCCUUUGUUCUUUGUAGAUUAUUUUUCUUUGCAUAAAAAAAGUUGUCUGUUUAAAAAUCCUGGAAUAAACUUUCUGUUAUAAAAUGUGUUUUGUGUAUGUAGUUGGUUUAACUCCAGAGAUAGGAAUCAAUUAAUUGUUUCAUUAUUCCACACAGCAGACUUUCAAGAUUAUUUACUAAAUUGAGAAUACAAAGUGAAUUUCAAAGUUAAGGUAAAAAUAAAUAAAUCUCUAAGUCAGCCAUGCUUUCAACUCGACUCCUCUGGUCUUAAAUUUGAUAUUCACUUUGUAUUCAUUUUAUGUUAUUUGUGUGAGAUGCAGGGCUGUAUGAAACCCUGAAUUCGAAUUAAAAAUCGCCUGUAUAUUUCGACAUACAGUACUCUUAAUAGCUGUGUAUGGGGGUACACUUUCUUAUUGUGCAAACACUAGCACCAUUUAAACAAAGGGUUGACUGCUACAAAGCAGGCCCUAAAAUUCAAUCACAAUACAAUAAAGGGGAAGAACAGAACUAAAAAAAAAUAUGUUAGGUUUUUUAAAAGAAAAUAUGGGAGGAGAGGGGUUAAACGAUAAAAUAAUAAUACAGACCACAACAGUGCUAUUAUUUACACUGUUCAAUUCAAAUAUAAAAUUAAGACGAAUUAUAAAAACGAUUUAUUAAAACGUGAGUCGAGGUCACUAGAUAAUCCAUGUCAAACAUAAGACUAAAUAAUGUAUUUGGGAAUCUCCCCUAUCCAGAAAUUAGAAUGUUACUGUUAAGUGUCUUACCCCUGCCUUUGUUUUGUAAAUAAGAUGCACAUUUACUGUUUAGUAAAUAGAGCCCAAGAAGUAGAAAAUGGUGGAGGGGUUAUGGGGAUAGAAUACUUACAUAAAUAUAAUAAUAAUAAAAACAGCCCGAGUGUUAAAAAAGACGGGGAGGCAAAUCAAAGACACCUGCAGUGUUUUAUUUGAGAUCAAAAGACAAGUAUUAAUUACAGAAUUUAGAGCAUUGUUGGAAAAACAUAAACCUGCAAAGCUAGAUGUAAAAGUUGAUAAACGUUUAAUCAUUAUGGUAAUAGAGAAAAGUAAAAUAAAACGCAAGUUGUAAAAAUUACGUUUUACAAAACCAAGUUACACAAGAAUAAAACAGACAAUUCAACGUGUGAGGAUAUAAAAUCUCAGCUGGUGGACUUCGCAGCUCAUUAAAAUAUCGUUAUUGCAUAUCUUCAAUAUAGAGUAGUUUACAAAAUCAAAUCCUAUUUGCUUUUUUAAUUAUUUUUUUUAAAGCAAUGUGGAGAAAGGUGAUUCUGAAAUGUCCUCUGACUAUCUGACUGUACCUCUAGGUAUACAAAACAAACGAUAUGGUGAAACCAUAGCAGGGCUCAGUAUCUCCAAUGCAUGUGUUCGCAGCUGCUGUGUUCGGGGGAGCAGCCGCCAUGUUUCUAGAAUUUUGUAGAGGUUAUAAAAAGAAACCUAAAACAGAUUUGAUGGUUGAAUGCCAAAAACCCCAUGGUUGCAGCACAAUAUUUUCAAUCUGAUAAGAUAACCUCUCAGGUGCAGACUGUAUACCCAAACAGACCACGUUUACUAAACAGCCUUUACAUAAACAAUGGAUAGAAACACGAAUUCCUAGUUAUGUGUGUGUAUAAAUAUAAAAGGCAGGCUACUGUACAGACAAAACAAAACAAAUCACUGGAGCCAUGGUCCACACAAUAAAAAAUAGGCAUUACUCUGUCCACAUCACACAUAGACAAACAGAAAUGUAGAUCUAUAUUGCAUAUACACACUUCAAUAUAUGCACAAAUAAAACUAAAUAUACAUUUCAUUAGUGUAUACACCAACUCACACACAUAUUAUUUAUAUAUAUUUUGUAUACACAUCUACAUACAUGUAUCAGAUAGGCAGAGUAUAGCCUACAGAGGUUAAAAUGUAUAUAGUGAGACUCAUAUCAUACAUUUAUUUCUGUGCAUAGAAAAUACAAGAUUAUACAUUUUGGUUAUGUGUAUUAUAUACGCACAUUUGUGUACGUACAUCUGCUAACUUACAAUUAAAGUGCUUAGGCUGCUGCAUUGUUUUCUCAUAUUAGUUCGCUUGGGUAUGAAGUGUUUCUAAAAUAUUUUUAAAAGUACCCUUCCUUACCUCGUACGUUUUUACUAAAUCGAGCAGAAUUAUAAACUAGAGAAUUUUCUCCCACUAAGAAAAAAAAAUCACAGUGUUCCAGGCUCCAAGUUUAAGCAGGAUUCUAAAAUAAAAAUAAAACAAAGGAUAAGUGAGGUUAAAAUAAAUUCAGUAUAUAUGGAAAUAAGUGAGGGGAAAAACAAAACAAAACAAAGCAAAAUAAAACGAGAACAUACAAAAAAAUUAAAUAAAAAAUUGUUACAAAUAACAUACAAGAUCCUACAACAAACAUCUCCCAUUUGUCAGCACUCUCUUCUCUGUGAGAUUGUGUAGCUGUGUCUCAGUGUUAUACCCCCAUAACCUCCCACACGAAUUUUUGUUGUAACAAAUGUUUCCAGGCUAUAGAAUAAAUGAGAUCUGGAUGAAUUUGCUUGUUGUAAUCCGGGCUGUCCACAUUCUCAGCUUCAUCCUGAUAUUGUUUAUUUUUUUUUAUGGCCUCAACUUGCUUAUUUUUUAUUUAUUUUUUUGCCUCAGUGUGUGCUGGAGUAAUAUUUUCUUUUGUUUAUGUUCUUGAGUUUCUGAGUUUCUUUCCCAUGUCGGUUGCAAUAAAGGGCGGAAUUCUUGUCUGACAGAGCCCCUCCACUGCAGAGAUUGAUCACUCUCUUUUUAAAGCGGUUUAGGAUUCCCAGCAACUCACCAGCCUCUCCAUUAGGAUUUAUUCUUCAGGUAUAGAAAGUGUUUCUCGUUUAUCCUGAAACAUAUAAAGGAAAUGUAGAACCUGGAUAUGAAAUAUAUUGGUCCAGGAGCACACUUAUAAUUAACUUUCCUUAAAUGAACCCACGUUCUGGACACAUCUGAACUCCUGAGAUUCUAUUUUACAAGGUAUAUCCAUUCAGGAUUUCUUUGUAAUAUCUCUGGUGUAAGUAGUGUUUGUAUAUCCCAGUGUCCCUGUUUAAAUAGAGGCAGAAGGAGCACUUUAUCAAAUACACAAGCCUCUGCUUGCUAUGAUAUGAUGUAAUACUGGGUUUAUCAACCCCCCCAUGCCCCCACACCAGACUAUGUAGCUGUUGUCAUACCCAAAGAACACAUGAACCAUAGACCAGAUAGGGAACCUCCACAAAUAUACUGGAAUUAAUUCUCAGUAAUAAUGCUUUCUGUUUUCUAGCAGGCCUUGUCUACCAUUGGCCAGACCUGGUCAUGUGACCAGGAAUUGGCUGCUGGUCGCCCAGUCUUCAGUUUAAUACAGCAGGGUCCCCAUACGCCUGAUUUAUCAGCAAUAUACAAUAAUAGGGCCUCUGGAUUAUUGAGACCCUAAUAUUUGCUCUCCCACCCCCAGGCUGGCUCAGGGAAGCCAUGAAUUUUGAGUUUGAGAGGGAGAUUGGAUUUAUAAACAGCCAGCCUUCGCUAGCAGAGUGCCUGACGUCCUUUCCUGCUGUCCUGGAGACAUUUCAAACUUCAUCAAUCAAGGACUCGACAUUAAUUCCUCCUCCUUUUGAACAAACCAUCCCCAGCUUGAAUCCGGACUCCGGCAACCAGCCGAGGUCCAGAAGCCAAAAACGUUCUGAUAAUGGCCUGGCCCAACCACCACUACCUCAGCCUGGCCACUUGGCUACUGAGUUCCCCUGGAUGAAAGAGAAAAAAUCGGCUAAGAAGAGUAACCAGGGGUCCCCUCCAGCACCUAUCUCAGCUCCUGAAUCUUCAGGAGGUUCCCCAGCAGGUUUGUUUUAUAGGGAUUUGGGGGGUACAUGGUAAAGGGUUAAAUAUUGGGAUGUUAUCCCCAAUCAAUGCUGCAUAUUUAUAUAUAUAUAAUCCUGAUCUUGAUUGGCCAGUAUUAAUUAACAGCUACAAUAAAAUGACUGUGUAUGGAUUGUCACUGAUUGUGGGAAUAGUAGAAGAUCAGGUCUUGAUGUGACACUUUCUGAAACAAUAUCUUUAACUGUAACGAUAGAACGCAAUAUGAGUUGAUACAUUUGAACCAUUAAACAGUCGCUUUAACACACACUAGGAAUGACUGCGGUUUUCUAAUAAAUGUUAGCACAGACUCACGAGCUCGGCAACAUUAACCCCUUUGCAGCCAUAGAAGGAGGGGGAGGGGACAACAAGACAUUGCAGUCGAAUCACUCACUGGUUCUUUUUGGCAGCGCAGAGGUUAAUACCUUAGCAUGCUAUUUGUGCUGUGACAAAUGGUUAAGGUUUAAAUGUCUAAUAAACCUGCUUGAUUAUUUUUCCAGAACCACCAGGACUCAAUGAUAGCAGCGGUGGCUCCAGGAGGCUCAGGACUGCUUAUACCAACACCCAGCUGCUUGAACUAGAGAAAGAGUUUCACUUUAAUAAAUAUCUGUGCAGACCAAGGAGGGUGGAGAUAGCAGCUUUGUUGGAUUUGACAGAAAGGCAAGUGAAAGUUUGGUUCCAGAACCGGAGAAUGAAGCACAAAAGACAGACCCAGCACAAGGACCCAAUGGAUGGCGACCAAAGCUUCUCCACCAUGGAUGAUGGUGACCCAACAGAUGAUGGAGAAGAGAGCCCACCAUAUCAAUCUGGGCUGGACAGCAAUGACUCUUUCAGGGACACUGACCAGUACCCACCUGAGAACCCAAAACAAUCUAGCAUAGGCAUAAACCAGCAUCAGACUUCCAGGAAGGAAUCAUCUUCAAGCAGCCCCUUCUUCCAAACGCCCACGAGUGAGCCAGAGGCCAGGAUAGAGGUGGGUAGCAUGGACAAUAUCCUCUCUGAAACACAGGACAAUUCCUUAUUGUCAGACUUCACUUUAUUCUCUUCAGAGUCCUGCCUACACAUUGCAGAUGGUAUCUCGAGUUUGCAAGGAUCCCUCAGUAGUCCUGUCCACUUUUCAGAAGAAGAUAUUGACUUUCUCACUAGCACACUCUGCAGCAAAGAUCUCCAGCAGUUAGAUUUUUAAGUAGUUAUUUUAAAUUUUUUCCCUUAAUUUUAUCUCUUCCCUUUAUUGCACACAGGUCUAAUCUCGGAUACGAAAAAAAAUAAAUAUGUGAAAAUGUAAUUUAUAUUUAUUUAAGGAUCCCAGUAAAUCAAUCACUGGUUGUUACAGCGGUAUUCGUGUGUUUAAAUCACGUGGAAUCACGAUUUUCAAUUUCGAUUGUUAAUUAGAAACCAUUUCAAGAUUAGACAAAUGAAUCACUUUGUAAUUUAUUUUAGUGAAGCCUCAGGAAUUAAAAAAAAAAAAAAAAAAGGCUGCUUAGAUUUGUUAGGCAGGGAAAUUUAAGUUAUCGAAUAUUUAUUUAAAGUCUUUAUUAGCAAUUUGAUAAGUAUUUAUUGUACAUUAUUUUUCAUAGAUGAAAUAAUUGUCUUUAUAAAAGAGUGUGUGUUAUGAUUUGCCAUGCUAAUAAAAAUAAAACAUUUAUUACCAAGGCAUUUUAAAGUUCAGACCUUUUGUAUUUUGUCUGUAAAUAUCGAACAAACUUUACAAGUUCCAUCUCCCCUAUAAAUAAAUAUAUGGGCACACUGAAUGCAAUUUGUUUUACAUAUAUUGAAAAAAAGGAUAUAUAAAUAAAACACACACAGAUUUUAUAUAUAUAUAUAUAUAUGUAUAUAUAUAUAUAUAUAUAUAUAUAUAUAUAUAAUAGCUUGACACAGACACGCAUAAUCAUUUCUUGAAGGUUAGCGGGAUUAAAAAAAUGUUGAUUUCACCUUAUUUUCUUUGAUGAUAAAUUCGCAGCAUAAAGUUCUCACCCAUUAGCGUAUGCUCCAUAAAACUGUAUUUUUCGUUAAGACUGACUUUAAUUUAAAUGCUAAAUUAAGUAAGGCCGCCAUAGAAUUGUUUCAAAUGCCAUAGAAUUUUUUUAUGUUUCCAAUUGAAAUAAGUGAGAUUUUAUAUUUUUCUUAUUGUAGAAUAUUUUUGAAAUGUGUUCUUUUUGUAAUCACUAAACCUUUUACAUUUCGUCUUUUCUUGUUUGCAAGAUUCAAUUUUUAAGCUACCUGAUUUAUUGAGCAGGGUGUGUAAUUCGAUCCAUAGAUUGCUAUAUGUACAAAUAUAAGGGGACAGCAUGCAAAGUUCAUAGCUUUUACUGUGUCAUAAUUGCAAUAAAACAGUUACAUUCAAUCCGAUUGUUAGAGAUAAAUAAUGCACAUUGCUACAGACAGAAAAAGGGGGGGAAAACGGAGAAACGAUUAGGCCUGGAAGCUCAAAAUGGCGCUGAAAGAGAAGGCCAGACAAUGAGAUUAAAGCCACACACAGGCAGACACACAGGAAUACACAAAACACUGUUACACACACAGAAUAUGAUAUAGAGUCAUAAGAAGCUAAACCAGAUAUGAAAACAAAAAUAUACACACUUAAAAAAGCACAAAUAAAUAUACAUCCAAAGAAAUACAUACACAGACAUGCAUAUCGAAAUACUUACAAUACACAACAAAACACAGAAGCACUAAUCCACAAAAAAUAAAAUAAAAUACACAUAUACGGCAAUCAAACUGAUGUACACUAAUAUACACAAAUAAAAACACACACCCAACUAUAGAGAAAAUCACAAAAAAGUAUACAAAAACACUGAGGUACAUUCACUAAAACACAGAGAAAUACACAAAAUUCUGAUCUCAAUAUACACUGAACAUGCACACGCAUUAGCAAAACACAUACACAGACAGGGGGCAAAUACGCUAACAUACACACACACAUAAUGAAAUCUACACACAAACGCAACGUCAUGCAUACUAACGCAGAGAAACACAGAAAGACACACAAAGCAGGCACUCUUUUACAAGUGACACCACAAAUUAUUUAUCUCUACACACAAACAGAAUGUAAUAAAUUCCACAAUGUAACCAAAUCUAACUGUACUAACAGAUGUGUAUUGUGGGGGCUUCUCCUCCGAGGGGGGUGGGGGAGGCACACACUGCUCAGUGUGUAGACUACCCGGAAUAUAUUGUAACCUUGUAUCUCUCAAGCAUCUGUGCAUAAAAUAUUAAUAGUCUUCAAAUAACCCACAAGAGGCACGUCUUAUCAUACGAGAUCUGUACUAGCCUGAUUUAAAAUGUUUAUGAGAAAUUAGUGCAUCCGCGUCCGUUCAUAUCACACAUAAAUUGCUUUGAUUUAUUUAACUCCAAAGCUGGCCCACACAACACAAUGCUCAGUUUAAGGCCCUCUGGAUAUACAGGGCCUUCUGACAAUCUCCCCUAUAACAAUGAGAGGAACACUAGGGAGUUCUCUUAUACAGUAUUGGGGUUUAUGAAACAAACACAUCCACCUAUCCAACAUUAAUAUACUAUUAUUAUUAUUACUAUUAUUAUAUUUGGAGUUAUUCUCUCUCCUGAUUACAACAUAUGUUUAGGAUUUAUGUAAUUCUCCAUAAUUUAUGCAGUUUAUAGCCACAGAAUUCCUUUGUUCUUCUCCCACUGAAAUCAGCUGUGUUUCAGCUCACACACAGAUUUUAAAACAAAAAAAUAUCACCUAUUUUUGUUAUGGUCUCAGUUACAAAAUAUGAAUAUUUCUUUAUAGGCUACGACUCCAGAGCAGUUUUUUUUCCUUUUCAAAAUACUACAAUUGCAGAAGCAUUAAAAAGAAAUAGGGUUUAACAACUAAACAGCGAAUUGUGGUGAAAUGAAAAAUGAAUUGCAUAUUUAUAGGCUAACUUAACUACAAAAAUUCUCCAAUUUAGUUUCAGUGACAGCUUGUUUGUUUUUUUAUAGCCUGGAUUGUGCAAUUAGGUUUUCAAAUCGUCACCUUUUACUUUUUAACCCCUUAAGGACCAAACUUCUGGAAUAAAAGGAAAUCAUGACAUGUCAGACAUGUCAUGUGUCCUUAAGGGGUUAAAUCCCUUCCCAAUGAAAGAAACAGAAUUGCAAGACUGUGUUUUCAGGACAUUUUUUUUUGUGAAUAUAAAACAUAUUUAGAAAUGCAAGUAUGUAGGUCUUGGGAGAUGUCGAGAGAAGGAUGAAGUUGCUGAAAAGUCUAGGCCUAAAAUAGAUUUAGUGGUUCAUUAAUUAAACUGCUAGUUAUGAAGAAUUGAGAACUGUGAAAUUUAGGCCAAAUAGCACAUUCAUUUUUUUAACUUCAAUUCUUAUUUAAAAUUUGCAAGUCUGUCCUCAGUUAACUAUAAGUAACUGGUUAGUGAACAGACUUCUCUAUAUGAUGGCGAAUGAGUUAAUUAUUGCUUCCUCCACUGUAAAGGAGGACUGUGUGAUGAACAGGGAUAAGGUGAGGAGGGGAGGGGGAGUGAAAUAUAUUCACAAUAGGCUAUGUUUAGUUUUAUAUAUUUGGAUAGGAAACACAGGUUUUGAAUAAGAAUAUCAGUUUGGUUGGGGGCAGGUUGAAGAGUGCAGGUUGAAGAGUCCACUUUGUGAAAGUUUGGUAUCCCUGAUACAGGAGUAUCUGGAAAAUGAUUUUGAUUUAGAUAUUCUGUGCCAGAACAAUGGGCAAAGGAGAUGUCAUGAGAGCUUUAAACUAUAAUCAAGAAAACAUUAGUAGACUAGACUGUAAGCUUGUUUGAGCAGGGUUCUCAUCAACCUAUUGUUCCUGUAACAUUGUGUAAUUGUCUCAUUUAUUGUCAAUCUCUCCUUCUUAUAAUAUUGUAAAGCACUAUGGAAAAUGUUGGCGCUAUAUAAAUACUACUAAUAAUAGUAGUGUAUUAGGGUGCGGUAAGGGUAGGGAUGGCUAGUUUGGCUUCUAGGUCAGGGCUACAGAAUAGUUAGCAUCUGAUACCCCCACCAGAGGACAAUAAAAUGAGUAUGGCACUUUCCUGUGAUUUUGACACUGGCUGGUUCCAGGUGGUGAUACAGAAAGAACGUGAAGUUAGAUAUUCACUGCAAAUGUAAUCAUUGACAUCUCAUCAAUACAGAUCUCUAACAAGGACAUGCUAGGCCAUAAUGACUUUUUAAAGUUCCUGGCAGCUAGUGAAGAUGCCACUCAGCGAUCAAUUCUCCCCCUACUCCGAGGACUUAAUAAAUGACACUUUUAUUCCAGCAGCAAUUUUCCGAUUACCUGUAAUUACUGUGGUUGGACUUACUGCAUGGUGAUGGUUUCUGCAAGGCAGCACUGGAGAGAAGGCCCUAGGUCUGUCUCACUCAAACUCUGCCUGACUGUCUAAGGUUUGCAGGAGGUGUAAGCUUUCCUCACUCACUGUGUUAUAUGGAGAGACAGUGCCAACAACACUCCUCAUUUAUAGAAACAUGAUACCAUGUUUGCCUGCAACACAAUGAAGGUUUAUUUGAAUAAACUGUUCCCACAGUAAGUGUAUGUUUGCAAAGCCUAUUAGAAUAAGAUUUUCAUAAGGGAACAUAAAUCAUGAUGUAUGUUAGUGGAACUCACUUUAUAAACUUGUAAAUAUAUGUGUGAAUGCAUAAAAAUAUAUUUUAAAAUUUGAGAAUUUACUGACUAAGCAACGAUAUAGGACACUCAUUUAAAGUCAUCAAACAAGUUAUAGGGAUACAUCAGACCCCUAAAGCACUUUAGAUUGCUGAAAAUCUUUAUGUGUGAAGAGUGUGUCCUAUCCUUUUCAUUUUGCAAAAAGUGCAGAUUUUAAUAUAAACUGACACCUUCAUAAUUUAACCUGGUUACACCUCCUGGCUUCCAAGCAUACAUCUUGUCAUGUUACUUCCUGGUUUAGUUAGCUCACUGGAGCUAAACUCUAGACUCUAGGCAGCAAUUGCUGAGAGCACCUGCCUUGCAAAGACUUCUCAUUGAGCUGCAUUGGGAAGUCUUUGAUUGGACAGACACAGAGAGUCUGGGUGGGGUUAGAAGGGAAGGGCUGGCAGAGGCAGCAGACAAGAGAUCUGCAGUUUUUGCAAGCUGGUUUUAGGUAUAUCCCGAAUGAAAAAAGGCAUAAUUUAAUGCAUGCAGGUUUUAAUCUGUGGUAUAUCUACUAAACAGUGAUUUGUAUUAUUUGCAGUGGAGUGUCCCUUUAAAAAAACAAAAAGUCAAAAUAUUUUUAUUGAAAAGCAACGUGUUAGAAAUGCAGGUUUGUAUUGUGUUCAUUUAAUGGGAUAUAUAGUACCCCACCAGCUAAACUAACAACACUCAGUAAUAAUGAAUUAAUUUUCUGAUAUAUUUUAUUACAAGUGCAUAGAAACUAAAAUAAAGUGCAGAGGGCUAGAUCUCAUGUCAAAUAUAAUAAAUUUAUUCUAAUGCAAAUGACAAAGAAAUUAUAUAUAAAAACAAUAAAUAUAUGUAUACAAGUGUCAGUGUUAAUGUGGAGGUAUCUGCGCUUUCUUUUAGUUUCUAUGCACUUUUAUAUACAGAAAUAUUGAGGAUAUUUCCAGUUGAAGGCAUCAUUAGGAUUUUAGAUGUGACAAUUAAACUGCUUAGAUAUUGAUUUGUAAUUGAUCUCUAGCAUCAAGCUGUAGUGCAUUUUUUUUCCUUGGAGUUGUUGCUAACCCCAAGGUUUCUCUUUUUUUAUAUAUUUUAUUACAAGAAGCAAAUUAUAUAAAGUGAAAAGAAAUGUGUGAGUACAAGCACUACGUAUCAAAUGACUAGAGGUUCUUCCACGCUUUUUCACUGUGAAUUUCACAAGGAAGGACAACUGGUUAACCGGCGUCAUGGUCAUGGGUACCUAAGGCUCAUUGAUGCACAUAGAUAGCGAAGGCUAGCCUGUGUGGUUCAAUCGCACAGAAGAGCUACUGUGGCUCACAUUGCUUAAAAAAUUAAUGUUGGCCAUGAUAGAAAAGUGUCAGAACAUACAGAGCAUCAUAGUUUGCUGUGUAGCCACAGACACCUCAGAGUGCCCAUGAUGACCCCUCUCCACUGCCAAAAGCACCUUCAACAGGGAAGUGAGCAUCAGAACUGUAGCAUGACGUAAUGGAAGAUGGUUAAGUAAUCACAAAAGUAUAUGAGCGCUUCUAAAAAGUCUUUUUUUUGGAAAGAUGUGUUAAAAUAUUAAAAUGAUAAAACAAUAAUAUAUAUAUAUAUAAAGUGUUUAAAUCAGCUGCUAUAUCACCACCAGUGUUAUCUUAAAAACAUCAAAACUAAAAUUAAAUAAAUGUAUCACAAAUCCCUUUCACAAAAAGUGCUUAUGCAACAAAAUAAAAUUGAUAUAUAUAUAUAUAAAUAAAGUGCGGAAGGCGUGGCCUGACUACCGAUGGAGUAAGACACACCUAACUCGAGCUCCUAGGCCCCAACCUGCUAAGCCCAAUAAACUAGCUACAAUUUACCAAAAUAAACGCACAAAUGGAGAAAAACAGGCGACUGACCACCGCAGGAUCAUCCGGUGCGACCCCGGCGCGGCAGGCUCCGGGUCCGACGGACGGAUUCCUGUCGGUGCCCACCGGCCUCCGCGGCCCCGGGGACACAGACAUGCAGACACCCUCCUCCCCAGGCUCCAGCGUGAUGGGCUCAGUACAGGACUCACCCACUGUAGGCACUCUGUCCCAGAUAUCGGCAGACAUAGCAGCAAUCUCCUCAAGCAUGCAAACCCGCAGAGACAAAACUGAAAUGGUGGCUGAGCUGCGCUCAAUCAUCAGAGAAGAAAUUGCAGCAGUCCGCAGCGACCUCGCCGCAUUGGAACAGAGGGUAGAUACCCUAGAAGAAACGCACCUGCAGGCCGCACAGCAUCAGCAGGCCGCGGACCUGGCCACCACAAGGCAGGGCAAUAUUCUCCUGGACCUCCGCCGGCAGAUUGAAGAACUGGAUAACAGGGGCCGCCGGAACAACAUUAGAAUCCGGGGCCUACCGGAGGCGGAGGGAGAGACACUGCAGGAGAUCCUCACGGGCCUAUUCACGCACCUCCUGGGAGACACGGCUCCACAGGAAUUUGGCAUAGAAAGAGCACACCGGGCCAUGAGGGCCCCCAGGAGAGACGGUCAACCCAGAGACAUCAUCUGCUCACUGGUGUCGUUCCAGCUGAAUGAGGCCCUCAUGAAAUCCGCCAGGGUACGGCCGCAUGUCACCUACAUGUAUGCUCAGGUCUCCCUCUUCCAGGACCUGUCCACCAUCACCCUCGACGCCCGACAGGCCCUGAGGCAAUAACCCGCCUCAUGCAAGAACGGAGAAUACUCUACAAAUAGGAGUUCCCUUUCAGCCUCCAGGCCAAAAUUGGGAACGUCUGGCAUGUCAUUUGCUGGCCCAACGACGUGCCCCGCUUCCUCCGGAUGGCCGGCCUGCCUGAUGUACCGAUCCCGAAUUGGAUCCUAGAUAACCCCCCAGCUCGACCAACCGGACCAUCAGACGCAGCGCAUAACCUUCGUCCAACCACAGGUACGCCAAGGCGAAGGGGAGGCCCUGAAGGCCCCGAAGAAUAAAGUCAGAUAAGAAGUUACCCACACACACGGCACCCGCACCUACACCCCGGUUGGACCUGCGCCCACACGAAAGCCGACGGCAUUUGCCACAACAACCCAGCGCCUCAAGCCAAGACCACGCGGAAGCCUCAGAUGGGGUAUGUACUGUUCCGGUGGCCCUGCCAACUUAGAGUCUCACCCAACAGCUAAAGGAAAAAGUAUCCAGGGGCUCCCCACAAGUUGGGUGGGACAGAGUCUCCAGGGGAGUGCACAAGUGGGGGAAGGAGAUCAACCGACAGAGUGGACCCCCGGGGGUCGACCGAUAGCUCCGUGGCUCCCUGAGGUGGGGUGGGGAACGAGGCACAUGGGAUACAUCCAGGGGACCGGGACACACCCGUCAAGGGACUCGGAUCACAGCAGGGCCGCGGCUGAGAGCCUUUGACUAUCUGAGGGGACGAUAACGAGGUCGAACACAUUGUCACAAGUGUUGCACGGGCGCACGGGGCUUUGCGGGGGGGACGGGGUUGGGGUAGACCUGGGUGCCAGCGACGGCCCGAGCUGGACGGCCGACAGGGGGAGUCGGGUGAGGAGUUAAAAGUUUAUUGUAGUAAGGUUUGUUUCAAUAUGGUUACAUGGAUUGGCAGCAUAGCUAGUUACUACCACACACACAAUCGCUACCUACACCACGCAAGGCAGACAGGGCGGACCCAGGGGGCAAAGGGAAAUGGGGGCGGGGAGGGCCCCCGGCGGUUGAGGUGCAUGGUAAAGAAUCCGGGCGCCCAAAGUUAAUUACAUCGCCCUAAGGUACAGACAACCCUGUAAAGCCUCCCUCUGUCUCAGGCCUUGGUCGGGAGGUAGCCCCCAUGGGGAAUACUUGGUAAGGAACAGACAGGUCCAGGGGGCUGCGGGGCGGGGGCCGACACCUACGCUAACAGACGACAAGCAUGUUGCGACCCGAUGAGCGGGAGCAAGCAGGGAUGAGCCGAGGGGGAAGGGGUGGGCUCAGAUGGGCACAUAGCGAACAAGUAGCAUCUGUUAAUACCCACACAUGGACAGGGUUAGCAAGCACGGACAGCAGGUCAGAUAUAAACAUAGCCCCCACAGCUAGGAUCAGCCACCUAACAAUAUUGAAUGCAGCACUCGCAGGUUGGGCGCCAUACUAGGGGACCGCAGGCAGAACACAACUACAAACAAACGAACUCAUCUCCCUCGGUGGCUACACUGAACCUCACUGUGACAGACCCUAUUUGUACAUUAUACCGGGGUUGCAGGACAGUGGAAGAUCCCUACCCCUGCGACGACCACACCCGGUACCGGGACAUAGUCACACCACACUCUCUCCGAAACCCAACACCCAAACAACUAGACGGAGACAUUGGCGCCAGACACAUCCCUGACUUCAGACCGUUCCCUCUGUGUCCUUUUCUUCCCCCAUGCCUUCCCCGGGGCUAGGUCUGGACCGCCCCCCUGCAGAGGCUGCAGCUAAGGAGGGCUUCACGCCGGCCCGGCUAAUACUGGUCGAAUAAUGUCCAGGGUCUCAAUGUGCCGGAGAAGCGCACACGUCUGCUCAACAAGCUCUGGGCCGCGAGGGCGUCGGUUGCAUUCAGAGGCAACAAUGCACCCAAACUAGAGAACCGUCGUUUUCCAGCAGGGUACUAUGCAAAUCACCCAGACGCCAAGAAGGCGGGGGUGGCAAUACUGUUUGCACACACGGUGCCAUUCCAAUGCAAGGCGACCAUGGCAGACCCCAACGGGCGCUACCUUUUUAUUAAAGGCUCCAUAGCAGACUAUACAUAUACCUUCGUAAACCUUUAUAGCCCCAACAGGCGACAACACACCUUCAUCAGCAGGACUCUAGCCAAGUUGGAAAGUUUUAGGGAAGGUAUGCUGGUGAUGGCGGGGGAUCUGAACUGCACAUCUGCACAACUGGGAUCUGCUGCACAAAACUGACAUCGAACUGAUGGAAUACUCUGACCAUGCACCCGUGGUGGCUCACACAAGCUCCCCACUGUUUAAACCCAGAGAAAGGCAGUGGAAACUUAAUGAAUCCCUUCUUGAUGACCUCGCACUCAAGACCAUGAUGGCUGAAACCCAACUCAAUACUUCGCUGACAACGAGAACUCCCACCACUGGUACUCUGGGAAGCGCAUAAAUGCGUCAUCCGGGGCCGCCUCAUCGCAGAGAGUACUAGGCGCAAAAAAGACCGUGCCACACGCCUCACCACCCUAACGAAGCGCAUAGCUGAAUUGGAACACGAACAUAAACACACGCUAGAUGAAGGCACAUACCUCCACCUCACAGUAGCCCGUAGGGAACUCCGAGACAUACUAACGCAGGGACAACUACAUACGGCUAGAAAAUCAGCCAGAUUCUUCUACGAACACUCCAAUAAGAGUGGCAGGCUGCUGGCGCGGAUGUUACAAGACAAAAGAAGGGCACAACACAUCCACAAAAUACAUGCACGGGAGGGAGAAGUCACGCACCUACCUGAGGGCAUCCUCGAGGCCUUCCAAGAAUACUACGCGGCACUUUAUGCGCAGGCACGAGCUCGGGAGAGUCCUGCGGAGCAGCGCCACAGGGACCAAGUCCUGACAUACCUUGAAAGCCAUGUGGCCAGAAAAACUCACCCCCGGAACAGGCAGCGGAACUUGACCAACCUCUGACGAUCGAAGAACUGGCCGGUGCCAUGAAAGUCUCAAAGCCACAUCGGGCACCAGGCCCGGAUGGGCUACCGCUAUCAUACCACUGCACAUUCAAGGACAUCCUUUUACCGAGACUCCUCACGGGCCUCAACCCAAUCCAAACGGGGGGCCACUUCUCUACGGACACUUUGAGGGCCAUAAUCACUGUCCUCCCAAAAGAGAGUAAAGACCCCACGAAUUGUGCCAGCUACCGCCCAAUUUCGUUACUGAAUGUGGACCUGAAGAUAUUCGCUAAGGCAAUGGCGCUACGGCUCACCCAAGCUCUACCCGACCUGGUACACCCUGACCAAGUCGGUUUCAUACCCGGGAGGGAGGCCAGGGACAACACCAUCAGAGCCCUCAACAUAAUACACUCGGCCAAGACCGGUAAACGGGAGGUGGUGCUCCUGUCGACAGACGCCGAAAAAGCGUUUGACCGGGUGGACUGGGCCUUCCUCUCGGAGACGCUGCGCCACAUGGGUUUCGGCACCCACAUGCGAACAUGGGUGGCCGCACUGUACACCACACCAACGGCACGCAUACGGGUCAACGGAGCUUUGACAAAACCAUUCAGCAUCCACAAUGGCACCCGCCAGGGCUGCCCCCUGUCACCCCUCCUGUUUGCCCUCACCCUCGAACCCUUUCUGGAGGCGGUCAGACGGGACGGGGGCAUUGUGGGGACCUGCCUGGGCGGGGCGGAACAUCGCGUUGCGGCAUACGCGGACGACAUGCUCUUCUUCCUGGAACAGCCCAGAAUUUCGCCCCCGAACCUGCUAGCGGCGUUCAAACAAUAUAGCAAAGUCUCUAACUUGAAACUUAACUUAGAGAAGUCGGAGGCGAUGCCGGUGGGGCACAGGACACAGUCCUAACACGGCACUUCGAAGCACACUUCACGUUCAAAAUCUGCACAACAAAGCUCCGAUACCUCGGCGUUUGGUUGCCGAAAGAUCUCUCGCAGAUCUACCAACUGAAUUUCGCUCCUCUCCUUGUAACGAUACAACAGGACUUAAAACGCUGGACGUCCAAGUACAUAAUGUGGUUUGGCCACAUAAGCGCUACAAAAAUGAAUAUUAUGCCACGCAUUCUAUACUUAUUUCAGACGCUGCCUUCCACUAUCCCCCAAGUCUUCUUCCAGACGCUAACGACCAAUGUUAGACAGUUUGUAUGGAACAAAAGGCCUACCCGGGUCCGGAGAACGACCUUGGAGCGACCGAAGAGUGACGGAGGUAUGGGACUUCCGUCCGCACUCAUGUACUACCAGGCGACCCACUUACAUCGACUGGUAGACUGGCACGCCAAUCCUAACAAUAAGCAAUGGGUGGACAUGGAGCUUCAACAAGCACAAGGGAAGAUCCCCGCCCUGCUGUGGCUGGGAGAGGCUACGCUCAGAGAAAUAAGCACAGGCAAUCCAAUGAUAGACGCCACCCUUAGGGUCUGGUGCGGGAUAAGAUACGCCAACCCGCUCACACCCAUAACCAACAACCCUAAGCUAGCCGGCGGACUAAAUCCAGCUGCCCUAAAAAACUUCCAGGCGACAGAUUGGCUUUACCUACACCAGUGGUGCAGCGGCCGGAACCUUAAACCCUUGACAGACCUGAUGCAGGAUCGCAGACCAACCAGACUGGAUGAAUUCCACUACCACCAGCUCAAAACUUACUACAACGCUAUCAAGGGGAAGGAUCACGUCCACUGCCCCCUCCUGUACAUGGAACAAUUAUGCACGACCAGGCAACACCUCUCACACGGCGUAUCAACUAUGUAUACCGCACUAACGAACAGUGGAGAUAAGGACGCUUUGGGCUUCACGAGGCGGUGGGAAAAGGAAACGGGGACUGAGCUCACGGACACAGAUUUAAAUAAAAUCUUCCAACUGACGCAUAAGGGAACUAUAAGCUCAAAAUACCAGGAAUGCAAUUAUAAAAUCCUGACGCACUGGUAUAGGACCCGGGACAUCCUACGACAUAUUCAUGACGCGAUUCCUGGUGACUGCUGGAGAUGCAGAUAAGUACAGCCUAUCACAUCUGGUGGACAUGCCCUCUUAUAGUCCCGUACUGGCGAACGAUGAACCGCACAAUUUAGGAAAUCACAGGCACCGAACUCCCGCUACAACCCCUGACGAUGCUGCUCAAUCAUACGCACACACCAUUGAAAGCAUACAAAAAAGGGCUCACCAUACACCUGCUCACGGCGGCUAAGACACUUAUCCCCACACACUGGAAAACCACAACAGUACCUUCUCUAGAGCAAUGGAUCGCUAGGGUGGAAGAUAUCUACAACAUGGAAAAGAUGACGGCCUCCUUGCAGGGACGCGCGGAAAAGUGUGCACAGACCUGGUACCCAUGGGCGGACUACGUGGCCAAGAGAUCCGGCGGCGGGCCCGCGUGGGGGGGAGGGGGCUGCAUGUGCCCCGGGGCGGACAGGGGCGGGGGUCUAACACAGACUGGACACACACGCACAAGAGGACAAUUCCCUGCACACACAAUAAUCCCUGACCCCACCCACCUAGACCGCUGACGGACAUAACACUGACACACCUUAAACCAAGACAGCGGAACUCCCUCUCAGGACUACAGACGGAUAAGGCAUAAGACCCAGGGUGUAAACUUAGAGAAACGCAGGUCUCCACUGCCCAGAAACAAAGUGUUGCACACAAACCAGGGACCACCCCGGCCCCACACAACACCUGACACCACUGGCACAACAAACUCCAACGCCUAGUACUGAGACGGGGAACCAGUGACCGUAUAACCUUCAUCAUUUGCACCGCAAGGAGCUACAACACAAUGGGUACUAAGCCAAAGGGUGGUGGGAAACGGGGCCAGGGGUCCAGGGCCAACGAAGGAGUACACACAGCCCAUGAAAGACACACACGCCAUCUUACGGGGUCCCACAGGAUACCAAACAGACAAGGGAGGGAUGCUCACAGUGGGGGCUUAGUUGUAGAAAUGGUGGGCUCUCAAACACGCACAACCUGCUCCACGGUUCACCACAGAGGCUUUUUUAUUUUUUUUAUUUAUACUUCUUUAUUUUGGUUGUGCAUAUAUGAUAGAAUACAGGCAAGCUUAUAAUAUGUCACAUUGGCAUAGGCAAGCUUCCAUAAACACAAACAAUGUAUUAUGACAUAUGAGGAACAUGCACAUUUUUAUAUUACGUGGUUAAACAAGCUUCAACAUUCUAUGUGAACAGGUAGAUAACAGAUGAGACUUGCACAUUUUUAGGGUACGAGUAUAAAAGAAGUGAUCAUGUCACUAUGCAUAGUGUAAGAUAUAAAACAUGUUUAAGGGCAGGUCGCACAAGCAAUAACAAGAUUGUUAUAAAUAGUUUUGUGGCCUUGGAGCUAAGUUACCUGUCAAGGUUCCACCAGUAGCAUUUAAUACAGGUUGUAGGGUAUCCAUGUUAAUCUAUGAUACUCAAGCAAUAGUGGUAAUAACGUGCUGCACCUGUUAGUUAGCUUAUGAGAGAUAUAAAUGUUAGCAUAGAAGAUUUUUUAGGCCUAUGUCUGCAUAUUUAUGGUUUGUACUGAGUAGCUAACAAGGCUUAGGGCCACUGGAAACAAGUUGCCUUUAAGGCAGUAACUAGAGCGAGGAGGUACAAUAAAAGUAAAAUUGCGGACAAUAAAACAAGGCCUUAAAACAAGGGGAACCGCUUUUUCUCGUAAUGCCAUUUGUGGCAGGUAUCAUAGAUUUUGCCUGUUCGAGGGAUGGUAUAGGUUAUAUGUAUUGCCAGCCUUAGUUCCUUAAGACCCAUAGUCUAUGCAGUGACAGUUCUAGUUACUUGAGUCAAUAGUCCGUGCAGCAACAGCAGUAAAUGUGCCCUCUGGGUGCAAAUACGGCAUGUCCACUGAGAGACAUAGUAGUCGGCUUCAGCCUAUGCCCAGUGCAGGAUUGUGCCUCUUGCUGUUGGCUUUCGUCUCUGGGAAACCGCUGGUGCAUGCUGGCAGGCUGUAUAGGACCGCUGCUGUGCGGGUGCGGGAACAGGUGAUCCUCCAGCCCCAGGCUGGUGAGCAGGCCUGCAUCACAGUGCCACAAACUCGGUGACUGCCAGAGUCUGAGUUUCCUCCUCUUGUGGGAGUGCCAGGGGGUCUGGUGGUUUGCUGCCGUUUACGGCGCUGGGACCUCCGCUGCUGUGGAAGAUGCUUUCGGGCUUUAGCCCUGGGGGCCUUCAGCCCAAGUGGGCUACGUGGAAUAGGGGUACUUGGUUGUGUUGUCGCUGCGCCCGAGGACACCCUCCUUGUUCCCUGCUGCUUGUGCCCUAGCUCACCGGCGUGUGUCUUGGUUUGUGGAUUGGUCUGGGCUGUCUGUAUGCGUUGGUCCAGUUUCUCCCAGAACCGGAGGAAAAUUUCCUCGAGGCGUUGCAGGGUAUCUGUGGCAGUUUUUUGAUGGGGCCUGUAGCUUAGAGGUAGGCUUCGAGUAUUUGGUGAGUGUUCAGCCGCCAUCUUAGAUGUGCCACGAGGCCAGCGUUUUUGGUGCUUCGCUUGAUGCUGUUGUCUCGAUUAGUGCAAGUUGUUCUCAACUGCAGUUCUGCAUGGUGUCCAGGAUAACCCCCACCGGACCGGGGGGGGAGGGAGAGGGUUGUGUUCGGGGUUUCAGUCGCUGUACUUGUGCCCGAAGAGCGGCCGUCUCUCCGUGGCUCAGUUCCUGGCCGGCUGCAAGCCUCAGUGCGCCUAGUUGGCUGUGCUGGAGCUCGGGAGUGGCACCUUUCGAUGCAGCAGCCUCUCCUGGUUUCUGUUGUCGUGGGUUGCAGUCUGUCAGCCUCAAUUUUUGGGCAGAAAUCCCUGUUUUUUGUCCCCAGACGUGGGAGCUCUUGCUGGACACAUCUGGGCUGCUUGGUUGCUUAGCUCCGCCCCCCCACCACAGAGGCUUUAACCCACUCUACAAUUACAGCGUAGAACCCACGAGGCAACGGAAGACAGAGACGAAAAGCCCACUGCACACAGUUACUCAAUCGUACAAUUCCUUCAGUACGGCUUUGACAAUAACGACUGUAGAGGAGGGUGUUGGGGGGGGGGGGAGAGGAAAUUUGGGUAGCACACAGUUACAUACAUUAACCUUAAAUCUGAUGCCCUGUCAUCCCAACACACAGGGGCAUUCAGGUCUCACCAAUCCCAGAGGCUCACAACUCCAAUUUUUUUCACAGGGGUUCCUACUCUCGUCAGGAAAACACACUUGACACCCGAUCUAACCCCGAUGAUUUAUUUAGGCAUGGAAAACAUAUACUACUCACUAUACCACCUAGUAUAAGAGAUGAGACGUAGCUAAAAAGAUUAACCUGAACAAGUAUCAACAAGCUACGUUUUAAUGUGUACAAUGAAACUGCCUUAACGCACAAUACUUUCUUUAAAUAUUGUACUAUGUCUAUGCAUGUAACACUUUGAUAUAUCUCAAUAAAAAUUUGAUUGACAAAAAAUAAAAUAAAAAAUAAAGUGCGAGUAUACAAGUGCGGUAUUGUGGUACACACAAAGAAAUGUAAAGCAACAUGCCAACUAGUUCACACUUGAAAGGUAUAAUAUAAAUACAACAUGUAUAGUGCAAUCUUUUUUCUAGAAAUAUUUGCAAUUUAUGACAAAAAGUGAUAAUGCAGUAAUGAGUCCAAUUAAAACUUAAUAAUUUGAAUCUCCAGGAAAAUGGAAUAAUAACAGAAAAUAGUGUAGUAAAUCAAAUACAUUUGUCCUCGAGGAGGCAUAACCACCUAGCAAAGCUAGUGGGUAUGCGGCAGCUUCCCAGAGUCAAAUGCCAGAGCUGAAAAGUUCGCACUGUGCAUCUGCACAGCAACAGCAUUUCAGCCAAUCAGGUAAUCAGGAGAGCCGUGCUGAGCGCGGGAAUCCUGAUUGCCUCAGAUUUUUAAAAUGGCAUCAUUGAUUGAGGACUCUAUUUCUGUGUCUGCCACAUAUUUAGUGGAUGCCUCUCUUAAAGGCAGCCCCAUCAGUGUUAGAAAGCUCCAUAAGAGAGCUUUCCUUGCCAGGGAUCUAUCCUCUUCAUCUUCUGAGGAUGAUUUGGUCCCAGUUUUAAGCAAAAAGAAUAAAGGAAGGCGGCUGGUCUCUUCCGCCAGUUCCUCGUCUGAGGAAAACUUCUCUGCUCCUCCUUCCCCUCAUACUCAUUUGAGUAAGCGUAAAAUUAAGGGGACAGGACCCCAAAAAAGGAAUAGCGUGUUUCCCUCGUUUGAGCACCAGAAACACCUUCCAGAGAAAAUGGACAAAUCUCGUUGGAGGUUAGAUAGUCCCUCUCCUUCCUCUUCUAGAGCGUUCGCUCACUCUUCCUCCCAAAGCCAUUCCAGUUGCAGAUACGGCUCUCCAGAAAUAGACUGGGAAUCCGAGGAAGUGGUACGUUCAGCAGCUUCCACUGAGCGAGGGAAGCUAAGCAAUGUUCAGAUGGCCAGAGUAAGUCUCCUAGGAAAGACUCUCCCAUCAAAAUUAUUUCACUCCAGAUGCGCUAUGGAGCACGAUUCUGAGGUUAGAGAUUUUGCUAAACUAGCCUUCCAAUCCCCCUUGGUUAAGGAGGAUGACCUUCUCCUCAGGAAUCACAUUGGUAUCCUGGACAUUCAGGCUUUAAUGGCUCCAGAAGUAGAUCCUGCACUGUUAUCUAUCACAGGGAGCAGCGUAUCCUCUGAUCCCACAGACCAGACUUUUCGCAAUAUACAGUUCAAAAUUGCUGAUGCUGUGGGCCCACUAUUACUGAUGCUCGAUAAGGCAGAAAAAGAAGGCAAUGCUCAGAAACCUUCUGCUUCAUCUCUGUUGGCAUCUAAGAUGGCUCUUUUAAAAGCGUCUGGCAGGGCAGUGCUAAUAAUUGGCCAAUCCUUUAAUUACAUAUCAAACAUCCGCAGAUCCCGCUGGCUCCAUGCAGCAGGUCUGUCUGACCUAGCCCACAAAUCGCAUGAGUUCCCAAAUCUGGAGGGUUCUUAACUAUUCGGUCCCUCGUUCAUUCAGGAGGCUAAAGGCCGUUACAAGGCAAGGAGAUCCUUUUCAGAACUCAAGAAGUCCGUCCCUGGCUACAAAAAGCCAUUUCGACAAAGGGUCACCCAUAUAGGGCUGCAGGAGCGUCCCGAGAAGCCUCUCACCAGGCCCAGUACCGCCACUACAGUGGAAGACACAAGCUUGUGGCAGAGGAGCGCAAAGAAAACCCAUGCAUUCAAGCAGUGGCGUCUCUAGGAUUCAUUUUUAGGGGGGGCACAUGGAGGGCCAGGGACAAAAGUAGGGGGGCACAUUUAACCCCGCCCUCGUCGCAGUUUGACCCCGCCCCUGACACAAUGUGUUUUGUUUUUUUAAUAAUACCUGGUGGAGGAUUCAUUAUUUUCCUCCAGGGAUUAUUAAAAAAACAAACACAUUACCCUUGAUACAGUGCCAUAGUCGCCAACAUUUGAAAAAAAAUUUCCAAGGACAUUUUGCAGCACAGCUAUCAAUUACUAUCUGGGUAUAAUAUCCCUGGACAGUUAGUGCUCUCUGUAUAAUACAGGGUUGUGUGUAUAAUAAAUUGGGACACACAGUGCUCCCUGUAUAGUGCUGCUCUCUGGAUAAUACAGGUCUGUUUGUGUAUAAUAUCCCAAGACAGAGAGCAGCACUAUACAGGGAGCACUGACUGUCCCGGGAUAUUAUACAGGCACAGGCCUGUAUUAUACAGAGAGCAGCACUAUACAGGAAGCACUGACUAUCCCGGGAUAUUAUAUACACACAGAUCUGUAUUAUACAGAUAGCUGAGCAUAUACCCCAUGUCCUAAUCUCUAGACUACUAGUACCUGUCAACAGCAGCUCCCAGACACGUGUAACAGGGCUAAAGUGUGCAGCAGCUCACACAGAUGAUUCAGCGGUAAAGUGCACUCGCUGGCAGAGACAAACUGGGAAUCCCUGGGAAUCCAAAGCACAAAGCAGCCCUGGAAAAAAAUGUAUGCCAUUCCUACAAGUCUAUAUAUAUAUAUAUAUAUAUAGUACAGUAAGCACACAAGCUCACUGACAUGCACAAAUAGGCUUACUGACAGACAAAACUCUCUGACUCACACACAAGCUUACUACAGACAAACUCACUUGUAUAAACAGAAGGCUCACUACAAAGAAGUUCAGGGACACACAAGCUCACUUAAGACAGGCUCACUGACACACACAUGCUCACUAAAUAGAAGCUCACUGACACACACAAGCAGUACCAUUUUAACAGAGUUAAGGGCCCCUGGGCAAAGCAAUGCACCUGGGCCCUUCCUACACAACAACUCACAGGAAUUUUAAUUAUUGAUAGACUGCUGAGUCCAUACACACACACAGAGACUGCUGAGUCCAUACACACACACACACACACACACACAGACUGCUGAGUCCAUACACACACACACACACACCGACUGCUGAGUCCAUGCACACACACACAGACUGCUGAGUCCAUACACACACACACACACAGACUGCUAUGUCCAUACACACAUAUACACACACACACAGACUGCUGAGUCCAUGCACACACAGACUGCCGAGUCCAUACACACUCACAGACUGCUGAGUAAAUACACACACACAGACUGCUGAGUCCAUACACACACACACAGACUGCUGAGCAGUGGCGGAUCCAGAGCCUGAUCUCGGGAGGGGCACUUGUAGAUUAUUUAAAGAAAUAAUCCAGACACAAUAACCACUACAGCUCAGUGUAGUGGUUAUGGUGUCAAUAGUGCCGGGACCUCCUCCCAGAGUAAGUAGUCAAUCCGUUUAAGAACAGUUUGACAACUUACUUGAGGUCUGCUGGGAAAUGGGGCUGUAGUAGGGUAUAGGAGCAGUGGUGUUUGUGAGUGGUGCAAUGUGUAAGGGGUGCAGUGUGUAUGUGUGUGUGUGAGAAGGGACAGUGUGUGAGCAGUAUGUGUGUUUGAAGGUUGUAGUGUGUGAGUGAGGGCGGCAGUGUAUGUCAGGGAUGCAGUGUAUGUGUGGGAUAGUAUGUGUGUGUAACAGUUGCAGUGUGUGUGUGAGUGUGGGCAAUGUGUGUGAAUGGGGCGGCAUUUUAUGGGGAUAGUGUAUGUGUGUAGAGUGUGUGUGUAUGGGGAGCAAUGUGUGUGUAUGGGGGCAGUGUGUGUGUGUGUAUGGGGGGCAGUGUGUGUGUAUAGGGGAGCAGUAUGUGUGUAUAGGGGAGGGGAGCAGUGUGUGUGUGUGUAUGGGGGGCAGCGUUUGUGUAUGGGGGGCAGUGUGUGUAUGGGGCAGUAUUAUGUGUGUGUGUAUGGGGGGACAGUAUAGGGGCAGUGUGUGUGUAUGGGGCAGUGUGUGUAUAGGGGGGCAAUGUGUGUGUGUGUGUGUGUAUGGGGGGCAGUGUGUGUGUGUAUAUGGGGGGGCAAUGUGUGUGUAUGGGGGCAGUGUGGGUAUGGGGGGCAGUGUGUGUUGGUAUAGGGCAGUGUGUGUGUUGGUAUAGGGCAGUAUGUGUUGGAGGGCAGGGCGUGUGGGUGUAUGGAGGCAGUGUGUGUGUAUGGAGGUAAUGUGUGUGUAUAGGGGCAGUGUGUGUGUAUGGGGGCAGUGUUUGUGUAUAUAGGGGGCAGUGUGUGUGUGUAUGGGGGCAAUGUGUGUGUGUGUAUGGGGGGGCAGUGUGAGUAUGGGGGCAAUGUGUGUGUAUGGGGGCAGUAUGAAGAGUGUGUGUGUAUGUGGGGCAGUAUUGGGGGCAGUGUGUGUGUGUAUGGGGGCAGUGUGUGUGUAUGGGGGGGCAGUGUGUGUGUAUGGGGGACAAUGUGUGAAGAGUGUGUGAACACCCCCCCCCCAAGCCUACCUGUCACUGGAGGCUGUUGCUCGGGGUCAGGCAGCCAUCUUCUGCAACAGCAUGGUCUGCUGCUUUAUGAUGGGGCGGGGCUUAUGUACGGGAGGCGGGGCUUCGUUUGGGGGCGUGGCCUGUGACGGGGUGCCUGUCAGUGCUCCCUCCAGCCACAGACAGCCCCCAGCACCUCAGCACUGCAUUCCCUCGGGCUGUAACAGACACACACACUGUUACAGUCCGAGGGAAUAUAAUGGAAGCCCAUGGCCAGCAAGUUGCUGGCAUUUGGGGGGGCACAGCAUGAUGUAGGGGGGGCCAUGGCCCCCUCUGGCCCCCCCCCCAGCGACGCCACUGCAUUCAAGUAAGUGUGCCUCCUCAUAUGCAACUAAAUUGGAAGGAUAUUUCCACAGACAAAUGGGUUCUAAAGAUUUUUCAAAGGGGUUUACAACUCCCCCUUUUAAGGUUCCCAGUCCAGAAAUUUGCACCCCACAGAGAGGUGAACCCAGUGCUAGAUGCCUCCCUUUCCUUAGCUUUAAGUUAAGGGAAGAUAGAGUUGGCAGACAUGUCUAUUACAGGAUGGGUCAGCCCAUUGUUCCCAAUCCCAAAAUCAGACGGUUCCUGGAGACCGGUCCUAAACGUGAGGUCUCUGAACGCUUUCAUCAAAAGGAAAAGGUUCAGGAUGGAGGGUUUAUCAGAUCUUCCAGGCUUAGUACAGAAAGCUUUUUUCUGCAUAAAGUUAGACCUAAAAGAUGCAUUCCAUUCAGUCCCCAUAGCCAAGAAACACAGGCGUUUUCUCUGGUUUCAGUGGAAAGGAAAAGUGUGGCAGUGGACCGUUAUGGUGUUUGGCCUAUCCAAUGCACCAUAAACAUUCUCCAGAAUUAUGAAAUCAGUGAUAGCUCAUGUCAGACUAAAAGGUUUCAUGUGUCUGUAUUAUCUAGACGACAUCCUGCUCAUGCACCCAGAUGGGGAAGUCCUUGCUUCUCAAAGGGAUUACCUUUCUUCCCUUUUACAAGACCUAUGAUUUGUAGUAAAUUUACAGCAAUCAGUCCUAAUUCCCACUCAAAGCAUCCUCUUUCUGGGUUUCAUACUGAACACCAGGACUAUGUCUCUAGGAAUCCCUCAAGACAAAUGGGACAAAUUACUGGUACAUCUGACCUCAUCCCUCAGGCACCAGGGUUGAUCCUUGAGAGACCUAGCAAAGAUUAUCGGGAAAUGAAUAGCUUUAACACCAGCAUACAACAAUUCCCCCUUACUUUGCAGAAGAGGUCAGCUGUUUUUAGGGAAUCGACUAAGACAGGGCGGCCAUUGGGAAUCAAAAUUCGUUCUCCCCAGGAAGGUCAGAGAAGAGUUGAAGUCCAUUCUGGAGUUAGAAAUUGCACUUCCUCAUCCCCUGUUAGAGCAGCCUGUGGCGGUCACUCUGAUGUCAGAUGCCUCAAGUCACAGUUGGGGUGCGUUUACAGCCCAGAACGCCAUAAGAGGAAUUUGGUCAGACCAAGAGAGUCACCUCCAUAUAAACAUCUUGGAGUUAAGAGCUAUAAAAUUAGCUCUCCAGGGUCUAGUUCCUCUAAACCAGUCACCAACUUUGGUAAAAGUCCAAUCGGACAACAGGACAGCAGUGGCUUAUAUAAACCACAGAGGGGGCACAAGAUCUUUGUUUAGAGGCUCUAGAUCUUUGGUCUUGGGCUUUAGCAAGCAAUGUUCAGGUUUUGGCAGAAUACGUUCCGGGAGAGGCGAACGAGCUUGCAGACUCUCUCUCUCGCCAAAGUUUGUCCCUGGUAACGAUUCAAUUAAAGAAAGCUCUAUUCCAAAGGAUAGAAAGCAAUUUUGGCCAGAGACAGGUAGAUCUGUUUGCAUCCCAAACAUCUGCACAAAUUCCCAAGUUCGUCUCCAGGACCUGGACAAAGGGAGCUUGGAAAAUUGAUGCAAUGUCUUUCCAAUGGAUAGAUGUUCCAGCCCCUUAUGCUUUCCCCCUCCAUCUUUACUGAUGAAAGUGCUGGAGAAGAUCCGCAGGGACAGGGUACAGAGCUUAGUUCUCGUUUAUCCAGUAUGGACCUCCAGACCCUGGUAUCCCCUGAUCCAUCAGUUAGUCAAGGGAACCAAGAUCCCAUUCGGCAUGACAGUGGACUGCUUUCAGGGAACCAGCGAUCUUCUGCUCAAGCUCCAACAGCUGAUGUGGAUCACAGCCCUGGUAGGCUGUUAACACAUCCCCUUUUAUCGGAUCAGGUCUUGGAUAUUAUUAACUCAUCUUUAAGACGUAGAACUAGGGUAAGAUAUAGAAAGAUGAUCGAGCAAUUCAAAGAAUGGGAGGUUUCUUUUCUGUCUAACACACAGGGAUCUGAUACCGUUCCAUUGGCUUUAGAAUUUCUUACCCUUAAGUUCCAUUCUGGUUUAUCUGUCAGUUCAAUCAAGACCUAUGGAUCUGCUUUAAACUUCCUGACCCCAACCUUACCCUGUAUUUGAGAUUACUAAAAGGGAUAUCCGUCUGCCGCCCAUAUACCCCACGCUACACGUCUACUUGGGAUGUAGACAUCUGAUUAAAUUUCCUUAAUUCUUUGGAUAAUGCUAAAAUUGAUUUAAGAUGGACUGCUAUUAAGUUGGCUUCUCUGCUGUCUUUGGCCCUGGCAGCUAGAGGAGCCGAGUUAACUCAAAUCCAUAUUUCAGAUCCUUGAUUGUCCAGGACCCCGGGAGGUUUCCAUAUUAUACUAAAAGGCAUUUCCCAUUUUUCUCCUGGUCCGGUAGAAUUGGAUUUGGUUCAAGAUCCUUCCGAACCAGGCUUAUGUUUAGUCAGUUUGUUACAAUCGUACCUUCAACUUUCUGCUGUAUUUAGAAAUGAUACCAGUCAAUUAUUCAUUACAUCAAGGAAUCCCUUUCGUCCAGCCAAGGUUAAUACAAUUAGAGGCUGGAUACUUUCCGCCAUGUCUUCAGCUGGUAUUGAUGUUUCUGUGUUCAAAAGCCAUUCAAUUAGGGGAGCCUCGGCUACUAAAGCAGCAGGAAAGGGCCUUCCUCUCCCUACUAUCUUGAAAGCUGCUAGAUGGUUGUCCAGUAAAAACUUUGUUAGAUUUUACUGGAGGCCUUCAGAAGUUGAACGCCUUCAGUUUCUUAGGACCACCACCAGGUGUGUGCUAUUCUACCCACGAGCUUUGCUAGGUGGUUAUGCCUCCCGGAGGACAAAUCAGAGUUUGCAGGAAUCUAUGAUCUGCAAACUUUCUUUGUCUUAGGGAUGAGCAUUACCACCUAGCAAUAGCGCCUGUCCCACCCUCCUCUAAGUUAAGGGUUUUGCCUGCUGGUGGUAGUUUGUUUUUGUAAAACAUAAGGUUAUCUGGUGCUUAUUCAGCCUAUUGAUAACUGUUCUCUGUUUUGUUUUUUUACAGACUAUAGCCGUACUCCAAGACAAGACCAACAAACCAAGGAUCCACCUAAGUAGGAGGAUUGGAUGCUAG